CGAGCUGUGUGUGCUCGCGCACGGCGUUGUUACCGCUGUUUACGUCUGUCGCGGCCUAAAGAAUCCUCACACAGAGACUCAUUGUAUCAACCGGACCCUCAUACUCACAUACUACAUUAUCUGCAGCUCUGGCGACCCCCGGGUGGCAGCGACAGCGCCUGUCUGGAUGGAGACGGCGAGGGGUGAGUGCAUCCAUAGUCUGAUAGAAACUGUGACCGCAGAGCUAGCACUCCAACCAUCACACAUCCCAUAAUAUCACCACCAACACUGCUACUACUACAACCAUCACACAUCCCAUAAUAUCACCAGCAACACCGCUACUACAACCAUCACACAUCCCAUAAUAUCACCAGCAACACUGCUACUCCAACCAUCACACAUCCCAUAAUAUCACCACCAACACUGCUACUACAACCAUCACACAUCCCAUAAUAUCACCACCAACACUGCUACUACAACCAUCACACAUCCCAUAAUAUCACCACCAACACUGCUUCUACAACCAUCACACAUCCCAUAAUAUCACCAGCAACACCGCUACUACAACCAUCACACAUCCCAUAAUAUCACCAGCAACACCGCUACUCCAACCAUCACACAUCCCAUAAUAUCACCAGCAACACUGCUACUCCAACCAUCACACAUCCCAUAAUAUCACCACCAACACCGCUACUACAACCAUCACACAUCCCAUAAUAUCACCAGCAACACCGCUACUACAACCAUCACACAUCCCAUAAUAUCACCAGCAACACUGCUUCUACAACCAUCACACAUCCCAUAAUAUCAUCACUAACACUGCUACUACAACCAUCACACAUCCCAUAAUAUCAUCACCAACACCGCUUCUACAACCAUCACACAUCCCAUAAUAUCACCAGCAACACUGCUUCUACAACCAUCACACAUCCCAUAAUAAACUAUCAUCACUAAACCUGCUACUACAACCAUCACACAUCCCAUAAUAUCACCACCAACACUGCUACUACAACUAUCACACAUCCCAUAAUAUCAUCACUAACACUGCUUCUACAACUAUCACACAUCCCAUAUCACCACCAACACUGCUACUACAACCAUCACACAUCCCAUAAUAUCAUCACCAAGACUGCUUCUUCAACCAUCACACAUCCCAUAAUAUCAUCACCAAGACUGCUACUACAACCAUCACACAUCCCAUAAUAUCACCACCAACACUGCUUCUACAACUAUCACACAUCCCAUAAUAUCACCACCAACACUGCUUCUACAACCAUCACACAUCCCAUAAUAUCACCACCAACACUGCUACUACAACCAUCACACAUCCCAUAAUAUCACCACCAACACUACUACUACAACUAUCACACAUCCCAUAAUAUCACCACCAACACUGCUACUACAACCAUCACACAUCCCAUAAUAUCACCACCAACACCGGCCAAGCUACUACAACCAUCACACAUCCCAUAAUAUCACCCACCAACACUGCUACUACAAAUCCAUCACACACAUCCCAUAAUAUCACCACCAACACCAUGCUACUACAACCAUCACACAUCCCAUAAUAAUAUCACCACCAACACUACUACUACAACUAUCACACACAUCCCAUAAUAUCACCACCAACACUAAGCACAAACACACAUCCCAUAAUAAUAUCACCAAUUCAACAAUUUACUUACUACAACUAUCACACAUCCCAUAAUAUCACCACCAACACCGCUGCUACUACAACCAUCACACAUCCCAUAAUAUCACCACCAACACUACUACUACAACCAUCACACAUCCCAUAAUAUCACCACCAACACUACUACUACAACUAUCACACAUCCCAUAAUAUCACCACCAACACUACUACUACAACUAUCACACAUCCCAUAAUAUCACCACCAACACUGCUACUACAACCAUCACACAUCCCAUAAUAUCACCAGCAACACUGCUACUACAACUAUCACACAUCCCAUAAUAUCACCACCAACACUGCUACUCCAACCAUCACACAUCCCAUAAUAUCACCACCAACACUACUACUACAACCAUCACACAUCCCAUAAUAUCACCACCAACACUGCUACUACAACUAUCACACAUCCCAUAAUAUCACCACCAACACUGCUACUACAACCAUCACACAUCCCAUAAUAUCACCAGCAACACCGCUACUACAACCAUCACACAUCCCAUAAUAUCACCACCAACACCGCUUACUAAGCAACCAUCACACAUCCCAUAAUAUAUCACUCAGCAACACCGCUACUAAGCAACUAUCACACAUCCCAUAAUAUCACCACCAACACUGCUACCAAGCAACUAUCACACAUCCCAUAAUAUCCACCAACACUGCUACUACAACCAUCACACAUCCCAUAAUAUCACCAGCAACACUGCUACUACAACUAUCACACAUCCCAUAAUAUCACCACCAACACUGCUACUCCAACCAUCACACAUCCCAUAAUAUCACCACCAACACUACUACUACAACCAUCACACAUCCCAUAAUAUCACCACCAACACUGCUACUACAACUAUCACACAUCCCAUAAUAUCACCACCAACACUGCUACUACAACCAUCACACAUCCCAUAAUAUCACCAGCAACACCGCUACUACAACCAUCACACAUCCCAUAAUAUCACCAGCAACACCGCUACUACAACCAUCACACAUCCCAUAAUAUCACCACCAACACUGCUACUCCAACCAUCACACAUCCCAUAAUAUCACCACCAACACUACUACUACAACUAUCACACAUCCCAUAAUAUCACCACCAACACUGCUACUACAACCAUCACACGUCCCAUAAUAUCACCAGCAACACUGCUUCUACAACCAUCACACAUCCCAUAAUAUCAUCACUAACACUGCUACUACAACCAUCACACAUCCCAUAAUAUCACCACCAACACCGCUGCUACUACAAGCAUCACACAUCCCAUAAUAUCACCAGCAACACUGCUACUACAACUAUCACACAUCCCAUAAUAUCACCAGCAACACUGCUACUACAACUAUCACACAUCCCAUAAUAUCACCACCAACACUGCAACUACAAGCAUCACACAUCCCAUAAUAUCACCAGCAACACUGCUACUACAACUAUCACACAUCCCAUAAUAUCACCAGCAACACUGCUACUACAACUAUCACACAUCCCAUAAUAUCACCACCAACACUGCAACUACAACCAUCACACAUCCCAUAAUAUCACCAGCAACACCGCUACUACAACCAUCACACAUCCCAUAAUAUCACCAGCAACACUGCUUCUACAACCAUCACACAUCCCAUAAUAUCAUCACUAACACUGCUACUACAACCAUCACACAUCCCAUAAUAUCAUCACCAACACCGCUUCUACAACCAUCACACAUCCCAUAAUAUCACCAGCAACACUGCUUCUACAACCAUCACACAUCCCAUAAUAAACUAUCAUCACUAAACCUGCUACUACAACCAUCACACAUCCCAUAAUAUCACCACCAACACUGCUACUACAACUAUCACACAUCCCAUAAUAUCAUCACUAACACUGCUUCUACAACUAUCACACAUCCCAUAUCACCACCAACACUGCUACUACAACCAUCACACAUCCCAUAAUAUCAUCACCAAGACUGCUUCUUCAACCAUCACACAUCCCAUAAUAUCAUCACCAAGACUGCUACUACAACCAUCACACAUCCCAUAAUAUCACCACCAACACUGCUUCUACAACUAUCACACAUCCCAUAAUAUCACCACCAACACUGCUUCUACAACCAUCACACAUCCCAUAAUAUCACCACCAACACUGCUACUACAACCAUCACACAUCCCAUAAUAUCACCACCAACACUGCUACUACAACCAUCACACAUCCCAUAAUAUCACCACCAACACUGCUUCUACAACUAUCACACAUCCCAUAAUAUCACCACCAACACUGCUACUACAACCAUCACACAUCCCAUAAUAUCAUCACCAACACUGCUUCUACAACUCACACAUCCCAUAAUAAACUAUCAUCGCUAAACCUGCUUCUACAACCAUCACGCAUCCCAUAAUAAACUAUCAUCACUAAACCUGCUUCUACAACCAUCACGCAUCCCAUAAUAAACUAUCAUCACUAAACCUGCUUCUACAACCAUCACACAUCCCAUAAUAAACUAUCAUCACUAAACCUGCUUCUACAACCAUCACGCAUCCCAUAAUAAACUAUCAUCACUAAACCUGCUUCUACAACCAUCACACAUCCCAUAAUAAACUAUCAUCACUAAACCUGCUUCUACAACCAUCACACAUCCCAUAAUAAACUAUCAUCACUAAACCUGCUUCUACAACCAUCACACAUCCCAUAAUAAACUAUCAUCACUAAACCUGCUUCUACAACCAUCACACAUCCCAUAAUAAACUAUCACCACCAACCCUGCUUCUACAACCAUCACACAUCCCAUAAUAAACUAUCAUCACUAAACCUGCUUCUACAACCAUCACACAUCCCAUAAUAAACUAUCAUCACUAAACCUGCUUCUACAACCAUCACACAUCCCAUAAUAAACUAUCACCACCAACCUGCUUCUACAACCAUCACACAUCCCAUAAUAAACUAUCAUCACUAAACCUGCUUCUACAACCAUCACACAUCCCAUAAUAAACUAUCAUCACUAAACCUGCUUCUACAACCAUCACACAUCCCAUAAUAAACUAUCAUCACUAAACCUGCUUCUACAACUAUCACACAUCCCAUAAUAUCAAACCUGCUUCUACAACCAUCACACAUCCCAUAAUAUCACCAGCAAGACUGCUACUACAACCAUCACACAUCCCAUAAUAAACUAUCACCACCAAACUGCUUCUACAACCAUCACACAUCCCAUAUCACCAGCAAGACUGCUACUACAACCAUCACACAUCCCUUAAUAUCACUAUCACCAGCAAGACUGCUACUACAACCAUCACACAUCCCGUAAUAUCACCAGCAAAACUGCUUCUCCAACCAUCAUACAUCCCAUAAUAUCACCAGCAAGACUGCUUCUCCAACCAUCAUACAUCCCAUAAUAUCACCAGCAAGACUGCUUCUCCAACCAUCACACAUCCCAUAAUAAACGAUCACCAGCAAGACUUCUUCAACCAUCACACAUCCCAUAAUAUCACCAGCAAGUUUGCUUCUACAACCAUCACACACCCCAUAAUAUCAUCACCAAACCUGCUUCUACAACCAUCACACAUCCCAUAAUAUCACCAACAAGACUGCUUCUACAACCAUCACACACCCCAUAAUAUCAUCACCAUACAUGUUUCUUGAACCGUCACACAUCCCAUAAUAAACGAUCACCAGCAACACUGCUUUUACAACCAUCACACAUCCCAUAAUAUCACCACCAAACCUGCUACUACAACAAUUACACAUCUUAUAAUAUCACCACCAACACUGCUUCUUCAACCAUCACACAUCCCAUAAUAUCACUAGGAAGACUGCUUCUUCAACCAUCACACAUCCCUUAAUAUCAUCACCAAGACUGCUUCUUCAACCAUCACACAUCCCAUAAUAUCAUCACCAAGACUGCUUCUACAACCAUCACACAUCCUAUAAUAUUACCACCAACACUACUACUACAACCAUCACACAUCCCAUAAUAUCACCAAGACUGCUUCUUCAACCAUCACACAUCCCAUAAUAUCAUCACCAAGACUGCUUCUUCAACCAUCACACAUCCCAUAAUAUCAUCACCAAGACUGCUUCUUCAACCAUCACACAUCCCAUAAUAUCAUCACCAAGACUGCUUCUUCAACCAUCACACAUCCCAUAAUAUCAUCACCAACACUGCUUCUUCAACCAUCACACAUCCCAUAAUAUCAUCACCAAGACUGCUUCUUCAACCAUCACACAUCCCAUAAUAUCAUCACCAAGACUGCUUCUACAACCAUCACACAUCCCAUAAUAUCACCAGCAAGACUGCUUCUUCAACCAUCACACAUCCCAUAAUAUCAUCACCAACACUGCUUCUUCAACCAUCACACAUCCCAUAAUAUCAUCACCAAGACUGCUUCUUCAACCAUCACACAUCCCAUAAUAUCAUCACCAAGACUGCUUCUUCAACCAUCACACAUCCCAUAAUAUCAUCACCAAGACUGCUUCUACAACCAUCACACAUCCCAUAAUAUCACCAGCAAGACUGCUUCUACAACCAUCACACAUCCCAUAAUAUCACCAGCAAGACUGCUUCUACAACCAUCACACAUCCCAUAAUAAACUAUCAUCGCCAAACCUGCUUCAACAACCAUCACACAUCCUAUAAUAAAUCACAUUAUAUUCAGGGACCUAUGGUAGCUCUUUUUACUGCACAUGUUUGUGUUAAACUGGAGGAAAACCAAUGCACCCAAAACACAAACAAGGCAAAAAUGUGAUCACUGCACCUGCAGGAAACUGCUAGACAUAUAUAUCCCAGCACCUGUCAGGAUGCAUCUGUUUUAUUCCAUAGUCUGCAUGUUAUGUUUUGUAUUUUUGAAACUGGCAAUAUAUGUCUAUAUCAUGAAAACCUACGUUUCUUUUUUUUUUUUUUUCAGGAACCGGUAGAACCAGUAGUGAUUUCCAAGCGCCGACGUGCUACGUCACCAUCCAGUAGUGUAAGUGGCGGAGACUUUGAUGAUGUACCUCAUGCAGCAAGUACUCCAAACUCUGGGCGCAAAAAGAGGAAGCUUGCUAAUGUUUCAACUGUAGACCCUGUAAGUACAUAUGCACACAGGUUGCAGGAGAUCGAUUUAACUCAUGUUUAAUCUUUGGAAACCAUAUCAUAAACAUUACUUGCUGAAGAGCAAAGGUGCCCAAAAGGCAGAUUCCCAGAUUAUUAUUAUUAUUAUUAUUAUUAUUAUUAUUACUAUUAUUGGUAUUUAUAUAGCACAAACUAAUUCCGCAGCGCUUUACAAUAUUAUGAAAGGGGAAAAUUUACAAUAAAAGAGACAAUAACACAGGAACAAUAGGUAGAUGAGGGACCUGCUCAAACGAGCUUACUUGUCUAGAGGGCUUGGGGUACAAAUACAUAACAGGGCAGCAAGGGUGGCAACCACCAAACAAGGUGGAAAAGUAGCAGAGCUGGAGGUGAGAGUGGAGUGUGGCUCUUUUAGGAGAGCAACAGACAGGUUUGGAUAAGUAUAGAUAAAUUACUCUGGGAGGCCAUAAGCAUUUCUGAACAGAUUUGUUUUGAGGGACUUCUUAAACAAAUGAAGACUAGAGGAGAGUCUGAUGGGAUAGGCAGACUGUUCCAAAAGAAGAGAGCUGCCCGUGAGAAGUCCUGCAAGCGCGAGUUUGCAGUAAGGGUACGAGCAGCGAACAGGAGAAGGUCACCGGCAGAGCGGAGAGACCAAGAAGGGGCGUAUCUAUGAAUCAGGGAAGAAAUGUAAGAGGGGCCAGAGUUGGUUAGAACUUUAUAGGUAUGGGUUAGUAUUUUGAAUUGACCUCUAUAGGAUACAGGAAGCCAGUUUAAGGAUCGACAGAGGGGCGAGAUAUAGGAGGUGCGACGGUAAGAAAGAUCAGCCUAGCACAGGGGUUCCCAAUUAAUUUUUCCGUGGAACCCUUUGACAUAGUGUAUCAACAUAGUGGAAAAAUAAUAAUUCUAAAUUGCGCCGUUUUUUUUGUAUGUGCCGGUGUGUGUCAAGGUGUGCAUAUCUGACAUAGUGUCACACAGAUGCACAAACCAUGACGCACUGUGUAUCUGUGUGUGUAUGUAUCGUUGUCAAUGUGUGUGUGUAUCUGUGUCAAGGUGUGUAUAUUUGUUUGUGUGCGCCUGUGUGUGUGUGUGUGUGUAUGUAUGUAUGUAUCUAUCUGACACAUAGUGGCACACAGAUACACACAGUGACAUAUACACACACUGACACCCUCAGAUAUACAUAAACAAACCUUAACACACAUUUAUUCUCACUGACAAACACACACAUACUCUUUUACAGACAAACAAACCCAUGAUGCUUUGACAUUCCAUGCAUUCCAAAGGCAUACAAAGCUUCAUGGUCGUAUUUUUACAACAUCUGGGGAUCUACCUUUUGGGCAUCCCUGCUGUAGAGAGAGUUUUAGCUUCAACUUAUUACUUAAACGUCAAGCUUUAAAAGCAUGCAUUUAGUAUGUGAAUACAAUUGCGUGAUUGAAAAUAAAUGCUAUUUUUUCUUAGCUGGGUAAAAGCAUGCAGCUACUUGCACUGUUGCACAAGGGGCAGCCUAGGCACCAUAUCCCUUACUGCCUGCUGUACUGGUUACAAUGCCAGGAGUCCCUUGGCACUGUCCCAUGGUAAGUAGCUAAACAGUUUUCAAAUGAUUUGAGAAAUACCAGAGUUUAUCACAGGCCUGUAGUGCUUCUAGUCUUCUGGAUAGCACUAAAUUAGAGCAUAUACCAAUACUUAUUUCGAUGAAUGAUAAUGUGUUUAUUAACUCUUGGGAAAUAAAAUGUAAAACUGUUAAAAAGGUUGAUCUUACUCCCCUUAUUUCAAGCGUCAGAUCAAUCUCAAGGUGAAUGGUCCUGUCCCGCCUCCUUGGAUGAGAUCAUAAAAUGUGGUGAUCUCUACUAUUUCAAUGCCUUCCUAAAGGAAGGCAUUGGCAGUCUAUUGUAUAUGCCCGACAAAACAUCAUGUUACACCAAUCAGCAUCUCCUCAUAGAGCAUUACUUACACUAUACUGUCAAGACUAUAAACAUAUAUUCCUGGCACUAUAGUUCUAGAAUUGAUGUUUAAAUUCUGGGCCCACCCUCUCUGUGGAGAUGAAAGGGUUAAAACGUACCUGUUCUCCCAAGCUGCAGUUUGUUCCACCUCCAUGAUUGAAAUCUUCAAUCUACUGAAGGUUAAUAACACAUCUGCUGUGACAAUCAUCUCCUCCUCAUUGGAAACGUUCAGCACCUCCAUGCAGAGCGCGGAGUCGCUGAAACUAGGUGCUGCAAACUGCAGCACCGGACUAGAAAGCAACUGUAGUGGCUGUCUGAGUGACUACCACUAGAGGUGUUAAUAAGCACCAGUGUAAAGCAGUGUUUGAAGUGCUUGCACUGCAGGGAAAGGCUAUAGACACCAGAACCACUACAUUAAGCUAUAGUGUCCAUUUAAUUGUGGUAAAGUGAUGUGAGUGUCUAUAGUGUCCCUAGUUUUAGUGCAGUUAGCUUUGUGGUGUGGGUUUGGCUAUAUAUACAUAUAUAAUUUUAUUAUUUAUUUUUUUCCAGAUUGCUGUGUGCCAUGAACUUUACAACACAGUUCGAGACUAUAAGGAUGAGCAAGGUAGACUUCUGUGUGAGCUCUUCAUUAGGGCUCCAAAACGCAGGUAAACCUAUAAAACGCUUUGAACGUAGAACCCCACUAUAGUCUGUGAUUUCAUAGAUCAAAUAACAUUUUUAUUUUCUUUUUGUCACAACCCCAGAAACCAACCAGAUUACUAUGAAGUUGUAUCUCAACCUAUUGAUUUAAUGAAAAUCCAGCAAAAAUUAAAAAUGGAGGAAUAUGAUGAUGUGAAUAUACUGACUGCUGAUUUUCAGUUAUUGUUUCAGAAUGCAAAAGCAUAUUACAAGGUGAGUUGCUGUCUGAUAUGCCACCAAGGCUUAAAAAUGUUUGCAGCGUGCAAAGUAAAUGUGCUGGCAAUUGGGAAUUGUUAACAUAAAAUGUCAAACUAAAACAAAUUCAGUCGGUCUAAUUUACAAAUGCAGUUUUAUAACUUGUGUUCCUCACCUCUUUUUUAAAUAAGAUUUUGUUCAAAAUAUUUUAUCAUACGUCCCGUUUUUGUGACAUAUGCUUGGCAUGUUGCUAUUAUUACUUUAAAUGGUUAUCACAUGUCAAAGUUGCACUUUAAAGUUUCAACAUCAAUCAAUCACAGUAAAAAGAUGAUUUUGCUCACCUUUUCUACCGCUCUGAUCACACUGUCUUGAUCAUCUCAACCAAUGCUUUGCCAUAUGAAAGCAUUGUAAACACUGUUUUUUCUCUCAAAAGCCAGUGUAUACUGUGCGAACACUGAGGGACACCAACACGACAACAUAAAGCUGUGUACGUUUAAGAAUACAAGUUUUUUUUUUUUUUUGUUUUUGUUUUUUUUUAUUGUGUAUUUAAUUGAAAUCCCCUCUCUGCAGUGGCUUUUUUUAUUUUUUUUAUUUUAUUCAUAGUUGUAGAUUGCCAAGUAUUCUGCUUUUUGAAAAAAAAAAAAUUAUAAAAUUUUUCAAAUCUUUCAGCCUGACUCACCAGAAUACAAAGCCGCAUGCAAGCUUUGGGAUCUGUACGUGCGCACAAAGAGCGAGUUUGUCCAGAAAGGUGAAUGCGAGGAGGCGGAUGAAGAUGAGGAUGAAGCAGAUGACCAUAACACAGCCACUCCCGAAGGAGAGGUACCUUUACCAGUUUGAUUUUUUUUUUUUUUCCAGCAUGAAUGGUUUUGAACUUUGUAUGUUUUCAACUGCUGAAAAAUAUUAAGGGCUUUUAAAAGGUAGAUCAGCAGCUAGCAGAACUACAACUCUAUUGAUGCUUUAAGAAACAUUGGGAUCUGCUUCUUGCACACCCCUAUUCUAUAUUAUUCUCUGCCUAUGACAUGUGGCAAGUUAUACUGGUAUUGUCUGCAUAUUAUUUAAUUAUUCUUUGUUCUUAGACAACUCCAAAUUACCUGAAGCCCGUUCUUGAACAGCUGCUGGAAUCUGUAACUGCCGCCACGGACCCAACUGGCCGAAUAAUUAGCGAGCUCUUCCAGAAACUGCCCUCCAAGAUGGUAAGUUUUUAAUUUUCUUGCACAGCUCCGCCCCCUUUUGCUCUUCGAUGCUUAUAAGAAUGGCAUUCGCAGUAUUAUACAUUUGAAAUAAAACCCAUAAACUUUUACCAUUUCAGCAUUAUCCAGACUACUAUGCCAUAAUAAAAGAACCAAUCGAUUUGAAGACCAUUGCACAAAGGAUUCAGGUACUUACUAAAUUGUUAGAUGGCUUCUUCUGUGCUUGUAUAGCUAGCGCUAAAGGAACACUAUAGUCACUAGAACCACUACAGCUUAAUGUAGUGGUUCUGGUAUCUGUAGCACACCCCUGCAGGCCUUUUAAUGUCAACGCUACCUUUUAGUAUUCCUAAAAAUAUAGUGUUCCUUUAAUUUUUUUUUACCUCCAUCAGGUUAGAGCCAGGGUAUAAGUAAAACUGGAUUGUGGAUAUAUUUUUUUUUUUUUACAUCUCAGAAUCCUUUACGUAAAUAAAGGGCAUGAGUAAAUAUAUUGUUAAGAUUAUUGGGAAAUGACAGCCCAUUUUCAACAAUUUAGCUUUUUAGUUCAAGUACUUUAUUUAUCUAUAUGGUCCUGGAUAAGACCAAUAUAUCUUCAAUAAUUUAGACAAGAAUAUAUUAUACUUUUACGUAUUAACUAAAUAUUCUUUAUUUUUAUUUUACUGGAAAAAAAAACGCAGAACUAAUUUGUUGACUUGUAUUUAUGCUUCUUCUUAACCAGACGGGUUCUUAUAAAAGUGUCAACACCAUGGCCAAGGAUAUUGAUCUGUUAGCAAAGAAUGCCAAAACAUAUAAUGAACCAGGAUCUCAAGUUUUUAAGGUGAGAUAUUAUACUAUAUUUUGCUCAACUGAAAUGUAGAUUUCCUUGCAAUAAUCAUUUUUUUUUUCUUUUUCUUUGGAAAGGAUGCAAAUACAAUUAAAAAAAUCUUUGCAUUGAAAAAGUCUGAAAUUGAUUAUACAGAAUUUGCCAAAUCAAGUUUGCGCAGCAGGUAAGACUUUCCAAUGGAUAAUAAAGGAAUAUUCCAAGCACCAUAACCACCACAGCCCAAUUUAGUAGUUAUUGUGCCAGCAGUACCCUCCCAGGGUUAGUAGUAAAUCCGUUUUUAAAUACAUUUUGACUUCUUACCUGGGGUCUGCAGAGCGCCAACAGGAAUACAGAAGGUCAGUCCCAGGCUUGAUGUUCACACCUCACCCAUUACACUCCCUUUUUCAUUCCAAUAUCACUCAAUCACUGCAUUCACUGUCCGCCCAACCUGAUUUGAUAGUAUUAAUAAUCAUUAUUAUGUUAUUUAUAUAGCGCCAACAAAUUCAGAGCUACCCUAGCAGUAGUAGUACUGUUGUCUAUGGAAUACCCACAACCAUCAGUCAGAAAACCAGGGAAAGGAUCUUGUAGUAUCCACUUAAGUUCUUUGGAACACAAAGUUUAAGUGAAACUCAGACCAAAUGCCAGGGAUUAAGUCAAAGGGUAAGGACAGGGUCAUAGGUAGGGCGAUAAUUAAUGGUUAGGCUGGCAAGGUCACUGCAGUUUUAGAAAGGUGGAAUGAAGAUGAAAAGGAGCAAUGUAGCGAGUGCCAAAUUUUGAUGAUGCUACCUUCCAGUGCUAUCAAGAAAUCGUGGAGAAUUGGGUGGGAGAGGGACGGGAUGUAACAGGAAAAUGGGAAUCAUGUGAAGAAAACUAUGUACGAAAGUGACCUAAGGAAUCAAGAAAAUACGACAGACAAGAGGAAAGGCUGAGUCUGAGUUCAUGUGAGAGGAAGAAGAUUUAUAUCUUUAUUUAUUGAGCGGCCAUAUUGGGUUGGAUUCUAGUUUUAUCCAGCCAACUGUUGGUCAGUCUACCUUGCCUACUCCUGCAGGUUUACAUAGGACGAUGGCAACAUCACUCUGCAUGCUCUCCAAAGCAGCAGGCUGCCCUGUCUGUCUGCUCUCACCCCUGUAGUCCCCUCUGCAGAUAUAUGCUAUUUACAAAUAACCUUCACAUUAACUGCAAGAUUUCUGUUUGUUUCCAGUUUUAGUCCAAGUUAGAAGGAAGCAGACUGGGAACUAAUUAUGUGUGCAUGGUGCUCUGCAGUGGAGGAGUGCACUUUCAGUUUUCAAUCUAUGCGGCUCAUUGUCUAUCUCUGUCUGUUCCUGUCACUUUUGACCACUUAUUCCCUUUACUUGCUGUUUGAGCUGCUCGGGGAAGGGAAUGACACCCUGUGGGGAUUUGCACAAAAAUAAAAAAACUAAGAAUUAGUAUAUAGUUUUGGUUUUAUGCUCUUGCUGCUGUUUUUUAAGAGUGGUAUAUAAAGGUGUUUCAUGCAGGUUUGACUUGUAUCUUUAGAAACAGGAGACCUGCUCAAGGGGACAGACUCUCUGCAAUUACCAUGGCAUUACAGUAUGGAUCAGAAAGUGAGGAAGAUGCUUCUUUAAAUGGUAAGUGUUUGUUUUUUUUUUUCAGUUUGGGUAAUUCUUCAGGGGACACUGUAAGCAGCAUAUCCAAUUUUUAUUAAAGGAGCAAUCUAAGUACUUAUGGCACUUGCUGAAGUGUUUUGUUUUUAUUAUUUUUUUUCAUUUUACAAAAAAUGCAGAUUUCAAUAGAAAUUUGCAGGUUUAUAAAAUAAGUUUGUUACGCCUCCUGGCUGUUAAUCUGAACAAUAAUAUUUUCUUGUUUAGCUUACUGGAGGCAAUCUUGAGAGACAUGCAAUUGUCCAGAGCACCCACCUUGUGCAAAUACUUCUCAAUGAGUUACAUUGGGAAGUCCGAGAAUGGAUAACAGCAGAAAGUGUGGGCAGUGGAAGAAGGGGAGAGCUUGCAAAACCGGCUGCUUUUGCAAGCGGAAAAAUAUGUACAAUUUAAAUGCUUGAUGCAUGUUCAUUGUAUGUAUAUUAACUAAAUAGUAACUUUUUUAAAAGUGUCCCUUCAACCCUUUUACUCCCAGAAAUGUGUAUAUGUUUUUAUUUUCAUUCACUUGGCAAAAUGAACCUUGGCCUGUAAAGCAUGACUCCUCUUCAUUUAUACACCAUGAAUUUAGUACCCGGCUGUAGAGUAAUGCUUUUCUUUGCCAGAAGCCACUAUUCACCCUCGUAAUGUCUGCUCAUGUGCUGAAAAUACCAGCUCCCCUUUCAUACCAAACAUUAAAGGAAGAAUCACUGAGAUGUUCCUAAAGCCCAGGGUAUUAUGAUUGAACUGUAUGUGGGCAAUACAAUAUAAUAAAAUACUGACAAUCUUUUAGCAUUCUGUUGCCAUGUUAAAGGGACACUAUAGUCACCUGAACUACAGCUUAAUGUAGUUGUCCUGGUGAGUAUAUUCAUUCCCUCCAGGCAUUUUCGUGCAAACAGAGAAAAGGCAGUGUUUACAUUGCCCCCUAGGACGCUCUGCAUGGAGACACUAAAUCUCUAUGAGGAGGUGCUAAUUUGAUCGAAAUAACAUUUGGCCCUGGCUCCUUGCCGAUUUCAGCCAAUCCAAUGGUUUCCCUAUGGAAAAAAAAUCAUGCUAAAAAUCAAAUUCUGAUGAUUCACCAAGGAGGCAGACCCGCACUGCGUUUAAAAUAAGCUAUGUUUUAACACUUUCUGAGGGGGCUAACUACCUAACUGGUGGUUUUAACACUAUAUGGUCAGGAAUACAUGUUUGUGUUCCUUUAAGUACAAUAUACUGCGACUAAUGCCUUCAGAUUCCUUAGAAAUACCUAUAAGCAAACUAUUUGACCAUUUACUUCAUCUAUUUUGUCACUUAUACUGUAUGGCAGUCCACAAAUGGGAUGUACUUUCUGAAUGGGUCAAGCAGUAUGCAAGAAAAAUACAUAAAUAAAAUAGUCUCUUUAUAUUUUUUGCAGAAUGUCUAGUCCUACAUCUCCUGGGAGAUUGGAGGAUUAAAUGCCUAAACCUGCACCGAAAAAAAAAAAAAAAAAAUCUAACUAAAUCCUUUUCCAAGCCAGUUUAGUGAAUGGGGAGUCACUGAUUAGCUGAGAGCAUCAGCUGACUGCUCUCAGACGAUCAGCGGCACCUCUGCUCAGCGACACUCCACGCUUCCUGAAUCUGAAAAUACAGAAGCUGGAAGCUGCCUGUGGGGAUCUGAGAUUGGCGCUGAAGGCAAAUUUGGGAUUAAACGGUUCUCAAAGGUAUAACCCCUUGAGGUAAGGGGGCCUCCGGGCACCAUAACAACUUAAUUUAGAUUGGUACCUGGAGUGUCCCUUUAAUUUUUGUAUUUUACUCACAGGAACUAGUUUUUCUUAUGAUUUUGCUUAAAUUUUUUUUUUUUUUUGUGCAUGUGCAUGUGCAGUACAGUUUUACACAAAGAUGUGCUUUGUGCGUUUUGGUUUAAUGAAUUAUAAAUAAUUUUAAAGUUAGCCUUAUCAUAAAACCACUCUGAAUUAAAACACUCUCAUACUGUUUGUGUUAUAUUAGAUCAAAAGCUUUUAUUCAUAAUUUCAAAUUGCAUUGCAGCAUCUGCUAUACGUUACGAAGAAGGGGAGUCCGAAGGGGAGAGCAUUACUUCGUUUAUGGAUAUAUCUAGCCCUUUAUAUCAGCUUUAUGAAACUGUAAGAUCAUGUCGGAAUAAUCAAGGGCAGCUGAUUGCCGAACCGUUCUUUCACCUUCCAUCCAAGAAGAAGUAUCCAGAUUAUUACCAGCAAAUCAAAAAUCCAAUUUCACUACAGCAAAUCAGGUUAGAAACAAGACAAACAUGUUUUUGAUUAUACAAAUGCAUGUUUGCUUUCAGCUGUGAAAUGUUUAAAAGUAAGAGAAAAUCUCUAUUUUUAUUACCAUUGAUCAUUAUUGCACAAGUUUUUGUUUAAAUGCUGAUUAGCCUUGUUGGAUGGUUUUAACUCUCAAUGGCUCGAUUUAUACUCUGAAAGCCAAGUUGUAUUCUGCUUGUGCUGUUUUACAGCUAAUAAGAGUUGUCAUUUAAAUUUGUACAGAACAAAGCUUAAGAACCAAGAGUAUGAAAGUUUGGAUCACCUUGAGUCCGAUUUAAAUUUGAUGUUUGAGAAUGCCAAGCGGUACAAUGUCCCAAAUUCAGCCAUCUACAAGAGAGUGUUUAAACUACAGCAACUCAUGCAGGUAAUAUCACAAUUAUUUAAUCUCUCCUUGCACUUUAGCAAAUUCAGAAUUAAAUCUUAAGCCUUUAUUUUAUUUUUUUUAUUUUUUUUUAUGCACACAUACGUUGGACUAUGUAAAAUGUAAGUUCCCUUAGUGUCUCAAAUAAAAAAGCAAUAUGUGGAACAGUGCACCAUGAUCAUCAGGAUAAUCAGGAGUUCCUAAAACCUAUUAAAACAGCUUUAGCACGGUUCAAAAUUUCCACUCACCACUAGCUUUUACUUAGUGAAGAUUUAACCUUGGAGAACAGAAAUUCACCCCUGGUGCUUAUGCAAUGGACUCUAGGCUUGCAGUGGCAAUUCAUUUUGGCGAGCCUAGCUGUGAGUGUUUCCUUUGGUUUGAUAACAAAUCCACACCCCUGGGAAGAGUUGACCAUGACCUGAUUUCAUGCAUUAAUAAGCAGAUGCAAGGAAAAAAGUUACUUUCCCCUUAAUUUCCAUCAUUUGUAGUAAAUGUCCUUUUUUUUAAAAUGGACAUUGGACAGAUCUCACUUGAUGGUAUUUUUGGACAAGCUGUUAAAUAAGUUUAACUCAGAUCUAAAUCAUCUUAAAGAACUACAAGCCACUUUACGCAGACCUGAGCUCAAACACAAAUGCUACCCUCGAAUUCAAUACACCUUCAUGGAUAAAAAUUGACACUUUUAAAGGAUAAUUAAAAUCAAAUUUUCACGUUUUUUGUUACAUUUAGUGAAACAAUUACUGUUUUUUGUAAUGUAUAGUGAAUUGAUUUUUAUUUUUAUGAGAAGAUUUGACUUUUUAAUCUUGCUGAGCAGCCAUAUUGUGUCAGACUCUUCUGUUACCUGCCAACUGCUGCUCGAUCUAAUCUUGUUGUUUCUGUAUUGCUGUGGAUGACACUGCAGAAGCAGUCAAGUUGGAUUGAACAGCAAUUGGUCAGAUAAUGGUAGGGUCUAACCCAACAUGGCUUCCUUGUGUGUCAGGAGUUUAUUACACCACCUGCACACGUGACUUAGUUCAGGGUGCCUAAUGGAAAUUCUUUGCAAAAAAUAUGUCUGUCGUCUGCAAACUGGCUACAAAUGUGGUCAAAAUCUUCACUUGCAGGCACGCACGUUUACUAUGACAGCCCUCCCUGCCUCCCUCUGUUUUAAAGAGUGUUUUAAAAAAUACUAGUGCAGUCCAGCUGUCCACCCGCUCCCCCCGUACUCUAAGGGGAGAAUGGUCCAAUCAAAUGUUUCAAUUUGAAAGACAUUUGCUUGGACCACAUGAGAGAAGCAGUGACUUUGGAACGGUAAAUGGAGAGGAGUGCUGAGAGGCUCGUCUGUCAUGUGGAUUUUAUAUAAAGUUCACCCUUUAAAUUUAAACUCAGCAGUACCCAAAAGGGUAUUUUAUAUUGAAUUAAAAAGUUAUUUUAAAAGGGUUAACCUUUUUAAGUUGUUUUGUUGCUUAAUGUGUUUAACAAUUUAGUGAACAUAACCCUAUGGCAUGUUGGGUGGGAGUUAAGGAAAAAUGUUGUCCUGCAGUAAUUAUAUGGGGAUUGUAUGUUUCAUCUUUAACUUUUUUGCUGUGGUGGCUUUGUAUUGCGAACUGUAUGGAUAUAUAUUGAUCGCUUUUUAAUGUUUAGUUUAAAAAAAAUAAAAAGUAUCCUAUGAUUUUGCAAUAUUCUGGGCACACUGUCCAGAGUUUCAGAAUCUUCCAAACAAAGUGCAGGUGUCUUGUCACAUGACUCGGACUCUCUCCAGCUGUCUGGCCAGCGCUCUAGGAUGGACUGAUGUGUCUUGUAUUUUUGAUUAGCUGCAUUCUAGUAUGUGUGCAGUAUGCGUGUAACUUGCAUAAACUAGGCGGGUAAAACCCCUUUUUAUAUUCUAAUAGCUGGGUUUUGUUUUUUGGUUUUUUUUGUAAAGGAUCACUAUAGUGUCAGGAAAACAAAGCGGUUUUCUCUGACACUACAGUGCCCUCAGAGUUCCCCUCACGUUAAAACCCCUUAAGCAGCUUAUCUUACUCCAGUGCCGGCCUCCCUCGCCAACGUCGGCUCCCCCGUCCGUCAGCGGAGCCGCAUGCGUGGCAAGUGCCGCGCGCACAUUCAAAGUGUCCAUAGAAAAGCAUUUCUCAAUGCUUUCCUAUGGACGCUCUGCGUGAUGGAGGCGAAAUAUGCCUCCAAAGUCGCAGAUGCUGUCUGGAAGACAGCCACUAGAGGCUGGCUUAAACCCAAAUGUAAACAGUUUGAAGAUGUCAUCCAGCCACAGUCAGUCAGGGGGCUUAAGGCACAGAGGUGGCUGAACAGGAGGAGUGGGAGGCGGUUGUUACCUGUUUGCAUCUGAAGGGUUAAAACGUGAGGGACCUGGCACCCUGACCACUUCAUUGAGCUGAAGUGGUCUGGGUGACUAUAGUGUCCCUUUAUGUUUUUGUCAGAAGCUUCAUCCUGUGCUGUGCAGGAAAUUGCACGAUUAAUUUACUCCUGUCCAAGGCUGACCAGAGCUUCCCAGCCUAAAGUGUGGAACUCAGUGUUGCGUUUUAAUCAGUGAUGUAUUCUCCCUUAAUGGCUUUUAGCCCCAGGUACUAGGCGAUCCUCUUCAGGGGAAUAUAUAUAUAUAUAUAUAUAUAUAUAUAUAUAUAUAUAUAUAUAUAUAUAUAUAUAUAUAUAUAAUUUGUAAAAAGCAGUAAAAUCUUGUUAUACUUUUUUUUUUUAUUGGACGAACAUAAUUUUUUUAAUGACAUGCUUCUGGGAGAACCUCCCCUUUCUCAAGUCUAAAGCAUUUCUGAGCAAGACGACACAUAGAAUUCAAAGUUGAGUUGUGAUACAGGAGUGUAGAUAAGACACAGGUUUGAUAAAAAAUAGACUACAUUCUUGCAGAGGGUCAUAAAUAUCUUUCUGAAGAUCAGAGUGAGUGAGGGAGAGAAAAAAAAAACACAAGCAGAGAGUGCAGAAGAUGGUACACUUUAUAUACACACACACACAGACAAAAUUAUAUAUAGUUACAUAGCUGAAAAGAGACUUGCGUCCAUCAAGUUCAGUCUUCCUCACAAAUGUUUUUGCUGUUGAUAAAAAAGAAGUCAAAGAAACUGUCUUCAUGGGAUAGUCCCUUUUUUUUUUUAGCUUACAUUACUACCACCAAGGAUUUUUUAAUAUCCAACAGCAGACAAAUAAUCUGAAUUCAAUUCGAUUUGCCUGCAGAAAGAACAAGGCAAGAUUUGUUAUCAAUGCAGUAUUUGGAAAAUAUGAGAAUUAUUGAUUCUAUACCAUAUGCUUUCUUUUACCCACUGAUACAUAUGAGCAUUGCAUUACAAAUGUGGUUAUUUCAACCAAAUGUUGUCAUUGUUGGCCACUUUAGGGAAAAACUGAAACUUUUAUUAUACUUUGUUGUUGUUUAAAUACCUUAAUUUUAAAGUUAAACCACUUUAGCCCCAGUCACACGUCCCUACACAUUACCAAUGCUAAAGGAUAAAUAUGUUCGUUAGGAUAAUUGACUUACAAUAAUUCCUAUUCUCUUUUUUAAAGCCUCUUAUUAAAAUGUUUAGGUGGUCUAAUCACCUCAGUAACAGCGGUUAUCCACACAUGUAAUCUUUCUGUUGCGAAUACAUAUCUUGACCUUGACUAAAACAACGUACAUGUACUAAUUGUGCAUAAGCAAGACAAAAUCGACACACAAUUUUUUUGAAGCAAUAACGCUAUAAUAAAGUCCUUCUAAUAUUUUUAACAGUCCAUGUCAGUUGCCUCCCCCUGUUGGUUAAUAAAUGUUUGUGUGGAUUAAUCUCUGCUCUACAUAAUAAAUAUAUAUAUAUAUAUAUAUAAUUUUUUAUUUUUUAUUUUUUCGUGUGUAGGCAGGACCCAGUACUCUAAUUUGCCUGGGAUCCUGUAAUUCUGUUAAGGUGGCCCUGAUCGUAACUUCAAUUCCCUCCUUUAAAAGGGACAAACUUUAACAAAAAAAAGUGAAUUAGAACAUAAAUGAUCUACAAAUAAACUCUGUUAAGCUGUAGUUAAAGUGUUCAAGUGAUUUGUGCAAUUUACAAACGCAGACCACACUCCCCAUUUACCCCUAAAGGUAGUAAGUAUACCACAAUCCUAUCCGCUACAAUGCAGGGUUAUUAAAGAGCACCUGUCAUUAGAUUGAAUCUAAGAUUUCAUCUAUACAUUGUGCUAGCAAAUGUUUAGAUAAGGAGAAAACUAUUUAUUUUUUUUCCACUUAGCUGUCGGUCAACACCUUGCCAUGCCAAGCCAUUGAUAGAAGAGAGAGAGCAGAAAAGACCUCCCACCGGAGGUCCCUCUGUUUUCAUCCCAUAGCAACCCUAGCUGGAAAUUUCUGAACUUCUAUGGAAACUCCUUUUACAUUGAAUACACCAUGUAUCUGAUGACCUGAUGUAUUCAAUGUGUAUGGGAGCAAUUACAGGGAAGUCAUUUUUUCCAUUCCAGGUUCACUUUAAUUAAACGUAGCUCUAUAAUUGACAACAUACUCAGUCUUUCUUAAUUUGAUUGCACUAGUGACAUCGAGUUGUCAGAUGAAAGAACAUACCCUGCAUUCCAUUGUAGGUCUUGUUACAUACAAUUUGGCUAUACUGUAUCCACAUAUCACACCAAUUAGUUACUGUGUGACACUAGUGACAUCUAGUGUCAAGACCUAAAAUCAUACAGUAUCAUGUUUAAGUGGAAACUGUUAUGACUUGUCUGGCCCUCUGUUCUCACACCGUGAUAUAUUUUAAAGAAGUGGGUUUUACACUUCUGUAACACCCAUUUCUCCUCUGGUCUUUGUUGAUUUGCCCCGCUUGGGGACACUUCCCCAAGCAGGACAAACCUCCUCCAUGACCCUGACUUUGUUGCCAUAUAAUGACAGGUUCUAUUUAAAGGGAUACUAUUGGCACCAAAAUAACUUUAGCUUAAUGAAGCAGUUUUGGUGUAUAUAUCAUGCCCCUGCAGUCUCACUGCUUAAUUCUAUGCAUUUUAGGAGUUAAAUAAAUUUUGUUUAUACAGUCCUAGUCACACCACCUUGCAUGUGACUUGCACAGCCUUCCUAAACACUUCAUGAAAAGUAAGCCAUAUAUCGCAUUCAUAAAAAGGUACUUUUUUUGGCCAUGACAUUGAGCCAUGAGAUCCCCAAAAUUUCCCAGCCUAAUUAAAGUAAACAAAACUCUCUUUUUCGUUUUGUUUUUGUCAUUAUCUUAUUGACAUACAUUGCAAAUGUGGAAAUCUAUUCACAAACCGGACUUUACAUAGGACACGAGGCCAUGCGUUUAGACUGGAAGAAAGAAGAUUUCGUCUAAGGCAAAGGAAAGGCUUUUUUACUGUAAGAACAAUCAGGAUGUGUAAUUCUCUGCCUGAAGAAGUGGUUUUAUCAGAGUCCAUACAUAAGUUCAAACAGCUACUAGAUGCAUACUUGCAAGAACAGAAUAUUCAAGGAUAUAAUCUUUCAAUUUAGGGUAAUAACUGCUUGAUCCAAGGAUAAAUCUGACUGCCAUUCUGGGGUCAAGAAGGAAUUGUUUUCCUAGCUUGUUGCAAAAUUGUUCUUCAAACUGAUUAUUUUUUUUGCCUUCUUUUGGAUCAACAGCAAAAACCAAAUGUGAGGAAGGCUGAACUUGGACGCAAGUCUCUUUUCAGCUAUGUAACUAUGUAAUUGCCUGGCAAUAGGAAGUUGAAAAUCCACCACAGAAUGUUUGCAACCUUUUUUGUAACAAUUUUGAUUUUGUUAUUUUAUUAAAUCAAAAGGAAAAAGAAUCCCCAAUUUAGUAUAAAACGGUAUUUAUCAGGAUGCGAUUAACAAUUGUAAUUUAGUAUUUUUUAUCAAAUGCAUCUUUUUUGUUUUAGAACACUGGGGUAUCUUAUGGAAGUUUUUAAUAUUUUUGACGCAGUGUAAAUGUGGCUAUGCAUUUGUCUUGAAAGCCACAACAUGCUUGUAAGAAAUUGAUGUAGGUAAUGCAAAAAUGCAGCUGGGGUUCUGUCUGCUUCUCCCGUUACUGCAUUUCUACAAGCCCUUUAAUAUUUAUGCUCUGUUACCCGUUGUAGCUUUUAUGAGGGGAAACUGAUCUAUGCAGCUGUUUAAUAUUCAUGUAUUCUGGGAACGUUUGUCAAAGCGAGGCUGACCCUGGAGAUUUGUUCUUUAUUUCAGGCCAAAAAGAAGGAGCUUGCGAGGCGAGAUCUUGAUAUAGAGGACGGAGACAGCAUGAUCUCUUCUGCUCCAUCUGAUACAGGCAGCUCCAAAAGGAAAAGGUAUGUCUGUUCCCCUUGUCUGCAGUACAAUACAGCACUGCAGCGUGCAGCCCUAUUUUGCUUGCUAUAAAUAUUCAUGAAUCGGUCUUGAUGUAAAUCUGCAUUAUCAUACCAGUCUGGCCUUGCAUAAUUACACUUUAGAUGAUGUGAAUCAUUGUAUUUUUUUGUAUUUUUAACAUAGGGGAACAUUAUUGGUCCUCUGUCCUACUGCAAGUUACUUUUUACAAGAAUAAAACAUUUUUUAUAAAAAAAAUUAUUUAUAGAAAUAUGGUUUGUUUCCCUCAUAUAUUUAGUACCUGGUUUGAUACCUAGGCAACCUGGGCAUCAUUAACCCCGUCAUUGCUAGGCCCCAAAAAAAAGCUACUAUGAUUGCAUCAAUCAUAUUUUGUAUAUCAUUGUCAAUAGCAGAUUAUUUAAUAACAAUAUCUUUAUUGAACUUGUGUAGCAGACCGUGAAAUAACAUAGAAUGGAGUUAAAGGAACACCCCCCUUUUGACAUGUGAAAAAAAUAUUAACUUGCCUUAUUUCCGGUGCUGAGACUCUCUCUGUCCUGCCGAUCACUCCUUCAAACGCAACGUUAUCCUGGGGUCUUUGCUUCCUGGCUUCUUCUCCAAUUCAGUAGCAUUGGGAGGGAAUGGGAUGCACUUGUGCUGCGUACGUCCAAUCACUUUUUUUUUCUAUGAACUGCAUUAUAAGGUAUUCAGUAUCUUCAUGUCAUGUCAGACAUCACAAAAUCAAGUGAACUCUGUUGUUGCAUCGCAACGGCCUGUUGCAUCUGUCAACAUGACUGCCCUUGCCUACCUGUUUAACCCUUCAAUCAAAAACACUGCCAUUUCAGUUAAACAGCAACGUUUUUCGUUUGAAUGACUAUAAGGACAGGGUCACUGGAACGUAACCACUUCAUUGAGAUGAAGUAGUCUUGGUUCCUCUACUGGUCCUUUAAUGACAAGUACUAUAUUUUUAACAUUUAGAUCUUGAAAGGUAUGUUUUGAAAUGGUUGGAGUAUGUAUAUCUAACUCUGCCAUUCAGUCUAUAUAUUUAUUGAUGAGUAAAAGGGUUAAAAGCUAGGACCAACCCAUCUCCAAGAAAUGAAACUAGUUUGUAUUUUCACUGGAAAAUUACUGGCUGUUUUUCUAGCUGUAAUAGUUUAGUUGCACAUGGAUGGAUUACUGCAGCUAUACAAUGAAUGUACAUAUAUUCGUGCAUCUAUCCUCCAUCGCCGGUCACCACUCCCUCUCCCCCCGAUGGCAUCCGGCUUCUGAAAUUUCAGUUUCAGGAAGCAAGGGGAUAUGCUGAUUGGCUGUGAUCUUUUGUUUCUUUCCCAGACGUUUAGUGAAUGGGGAGUCACUGAUUGGCUGAGAGCAUCAACUGACCGCUCUCAGCCAAUCAGCGGCACUCCGCACUUCCUGAAACUGAAUUUCAGAAGCCAGAUGCCGCCUUGGGGGAGUGGAGACUGGCACUGGAGGUAACUUUGGGUUAAACUGUUUGAGUACGGUUUAACCCUUUGAGAAAAGAGUGCCCUUUAGAUGUAGUUGUUUUGGUGCCUGAAAUGUCCCUUUAACUAUAUACCUCAUACAGAUUAAGGAAUAACACACACAUAAAAAUUGUUAUAUUUUUACAAUGCUACUUAAAAUUGCCUAUCUCAGCAAGCAAAUAUGGGGAUUCAGUUCCACCAUCUGGUCAUAUCAUGUUAAGCCCACCACUAAAUCACAGUACCACAAUAGUUCCCAAGGAGGAGACAAAUUACUUUUUUCUGUUUGUACUCGCACCUCUGAUGUCUGCCUUCAAGACUUCUCCAGUUUACAUGUUGUUACAUUUGGUCAUAAUAACUGUUAUCGGUUAUAUUCUGCAGUGCCAACUGUGAAACCGCUUCCACUGAAUGCUCUAUUGAUGUAACCCAUUGUGUUAGCCUUCUAUAUGCUUACAUACAGUAACAAAACAUCUAUUCUAUUAAGAACUAGUUUCUCCUUAUUCUAUAAACAUCUUAUAAAGUAAAAAUCAACCUCUAGACAGAGAGGCUGGUGAGGCGAGACAUGGAAACUUUUAUUUUACUAUCCUUAACUUCCCAACUCCGACAGUGUUAAUAUACUGUUAUUUAUAUGUUUUGAUAUACUAAGUUUAGUCAGUUUCUUCAAAAGACCAUAUUAAAAAAUGUUUGGUCCUAGAUUCUAGGGAAAGUUUUGCUGAUAACCAUGUUAAUCUGCUUGGAUUUAUGUUUUUGAAUUCAAGAAAUCUAUUUUAACUCUUUCAACAGCAAGAAAAACAUAAAAAAACAAAGAAUGAAAAUUUUAUUCAAUGCUGUUCUGGAAUCACGUGAGCCGGGUACAGGAAGGAGACUCUGUGAACUUUUCAUGUUCAGACCAUCCAAAAAAGACUACCCAGAUUACUAUAAAAUUAUACUCGAGCCAAUGGAUUUGAAGACCAUUGAGCACAACAUUCGUACAGAAAAAUACUCUGGGGAAGAAGCUAUGAUGGAUGAUAUGAAGUUGAUGUUCCGAAAUGCUUGGCAUUAUAAUGAAGAAGGUUCUCAGGUAUUGCCUAUCUUUUGUAGACGUGAAACACACAAGCGUGCAUUCAGUCAGACAAAAUAAACUAUAUAAUGAAAAGUUAUGCCUGGAAUUUCACAGCGUUGUGGUAAUAUUACAACCUCCUCCACAAUUUCUAAACUAAAAUAGAAUUCCUCACUGAACUAAUCACCGUUUAAGUUAACUUGUGACAACCUAAGCAUGCUUUAUUCUUUAUAGAAAUAUAAUUCAAUGUCCAAUAAUCAAAACACUGUCACAAAUAAUACUGUCAAAGACCUGUUUUCCAGCUCCAGCUCAGACUAAAAGACAUUUGAAAAUCAGCUGAUAUUAAGAGGAGUUUAUCAAAGUGUUGCCAACACGUCUAAAUUUCUAUAAAUCUUUGUGCUAUUUAUUAAAUCUGUCAAGUUUUUUUAAUCUGUUUAAUUUUUUAAUAUAUGCCUUUGUAUUGACCUAAUAUUUUUUUUUUUUUUACAAAAUGACAGAUUUUAGCAACACUUUUUCUGACAAACACAACAGUAUUGGUAGUCUUCUAUAAUGUCUGUUUUUUGAGUGUAAAUUGUCACGUUUUAGAACAUUUUAUAAAUGCAAUCUAAAUAAUUAAACUAACCUUGGCUUUUGAAAACACUGAUAAAUCUUCCCUAAGUCUUUGUGUGUGUUGCUAAUAUUGAUAUGAUCUUUAAAUUUGUUUUUGUUAUAUUUCUGGGUUUUCCACAUUUUUGCAAAAUAUUGUUUAUGUCAAAACGAGCUAGAUUGGUCUUCAAUCUCUAAUCCUAUUCUGUGAAUUUAUAGAAAGGUGCUCCUCUCCCUCUCAAUCCUGGUUUGUGCUUUUAUAGUGUGCUGCUGCACAAUCUCUUGUCUAUUUUAUUUGUUUUAUUUAUCUGGAGUUUACCACUUCUCCCGUGGUGUACACCUCACCUUCCAACAUUUUCAUUAUUUUUUUUAUGUGCCUGUAAUAUACUCUGCUUCAUUGUGUCAUCCUGUUUUAUUCUCUCCUCUACUUGUCUGCUUUUAUUGAUUGCUGUUCCUUUCUCUUCCAGCUAUCUGUAUUGUACUUUCCUUAUCCUUUCUUUAAGUUCUAUGUGAACAUCAUUAUGCUGCUCUUCAUCCUUUGAUCCCAUUAUUUGUGCUGCGCUCCCUAUUUGCACUUCCUUUUUUUAUUCACUGUAUGCUGCUUCAAUGCACCUAUGGGUCUAACUCUUCUCCGUCUAAUCCUGAAUUCAUCUGUAUUCUAUGAUGUUCCUCACCCUCUUAUGCUGUUUUGUUCAGCUGUGGUGUGCUGCACCUCACCUUUUCAAAAUUACAUUAUUUUUGUACCUCGCGCCCUGUUUAAUGCAACUAGAGUUCACCGUGCUAAACAUUGUGAUCUUUCUCUAUAUAAAUGGUUGUGUUGCUUUAUAUAUUAAUAAUACAUAUCAAUUAAACAGGUGUAUAACGAUGCACAUGUGUUGGAAAAAGUCCUCAAAGAAAAAAGAAAAGAACUUGGUCCUCUUCUUGAUGAUGAUGACAUGGCAUCUCCAAAACUGAAAUUAAGUAAGUAGAACUUGGUAUUUAAAGGAACACUCCAAGUACCAUACCCCCUAAGGCACAAUGUAGUGGUUAUGGUGCUAGGAGUACCCUUGCACACCGUAUAGUAAGGAGUAAAACUAUUUGUUAACAGUUUGACAACUUACCUGGCAUCAGCAGGUCGCAGGUUACUUCCUCCAUUGAUAACGGGAAGAUCCUGCCCAGAUCAUUGCCUGGUUUAGUUCAAUGCAGAGAGCUCCUGUCUCUCAUGGAAGAGGUGACUGGUGCCCAGCAGACCCCAAGUGAGCGGUCAGACCAUUAGCAAACAGUUUGACUAUUUACUUUGGGGGGAGCGUGCCAGAACCUUUCUGGUACCAUAACCUGUACAGCGUGCUUGAGGUGUUUUUUUUUAAGUUACUUGUAUGUGUCCAUAUUUAAAUUGCUAAACCUGUGGCUAGCACAAGGGACUAUGAUGUUAGUCCUGGCAUGGAAACAUAUUAGAUAGGCCUUUAGCACUUGGUUAACAAAUGUGUAUGCCACUUCAUGCUAGGAAUUCCUCUCAUCUUCUAUUUGGCCAAGUAAUAUCUGAUAUUGCCUUUGUAUAAGAAUGUAUUAAUCCUUUGAUAGAAUUGACAAAGGCAUUAUUUAAUUAGAAUUCCAUAUUUCCACGUUGUAUAUCUGUGUUAUCUGAGCCCUUGAAUCUUUUUACCUGGUUCUAAUUUCCACAUUAUUUGUGGAAGAUCAAUUUGCUGAGCAGCAUCUGAUUUUUAACUUGCUUUAAUAUUGGUUGUUUUGCAGUGUCUCAAAUCUGUAAUAUAUUUUUGACCUUAGAACUUCAUUUUCCAGGUAGGAAAAGUGGAAUAUCUCCAAAAAAGACAAAGUACCUUAGUCCCAUGCAACAGAAACUUAAUGAGGUUUAUGAAGCUGUGAAGAAUUACACAGAUAAACGUGGCAGGCGUCUCAGUGCCAUCUUCCUGCGUCUCCCUUCUCGCUCUGAGCUCCCUGAUUAUUACUUGACAAUCAAAAAGCCAAUAGAUAUGGAAAAGAUUAGGAGUCAUAUAAUGGCAAACAAAUACCAGGAUAUCGAUGCCAUGUGUGAAGAUUUUGUGAUUAUGUUCAAUAACGCAUGCACCUAUAAUGAGCCAGAAUCGUUAAUCUAUAAAGAUGCGUUGGUUCUGCACAAAGUCUUACUUGAGACCCGUAGAGAUAUUGAAGGAGACGAAGAUUCUCAUGUUCCAAAUGUCACACUUCUGAUCCAAGAGCUGAUCCACAACCUUUUCGUGUCCGUAAUGAGCCAUCAGGAUGACGAAGGAAGAUGCUACAGUGAUUCUCUGGCGGAAAUACCUGCUGUUGACCCAAAGUUUCCAAAAAGGCCUCCACUAACAUUUGAUAUUAUCAGAAAGAAUGUGGAGAACAACCGAUACAGAAGAUUGGAUUUAUUCCAAGAGCAGAUGUUUGAAGUUUUAGAAAGAGCACGCAGGAUGAACCGGUAAGAAAUCUUUUCUCUCUUUUUUUUUUUUCUUCAUGUGUUGGACACUGACUCUAGAAGUAAGUAGUUUAGUUUAGCUGAGCGGAAACAUUUGUAAAUCUGUUUAAAUGCUAAUGUGAUGUUUAGGCACGAACUAGACUACAUACCUCUGACCUUUUCAGAAUUAAUAUUGUUGCGUUUUGUGGUUUAUUUUGCUUUCUUAUUGCUAAAUGGUGAUUAUAACAAAAAUAUCUUUAAAACACUGUUUUGUGCUCCAUCAAAAUGUUUUAGGAAGUUAGGAAGAAAUAUGGAUAUGUAAAAACUAAAAGAAUCAUGAAAGGCCCUGCAUAUCAGGGGAGCACUUUAAGCACCAGGACUAGUUAAGCUCAAUGAAGCCAUUUUAGUUUAGAUAGAUUAGGCAACUGCAGCUCAAUUCUCUGCCAUUUAAAUAACUUUUAUGCAGUCCUAACCACACUUCUCGUGGCUGUGACUAACACAGCCUCCUUAAUACUUCCUGAAAAAGUGUAAUUUAUACAUUUCCUUUAUUGCACUAUGUCUUUAAUUUAUAAUUUUAUGUAUUUAUUUUGAGACUGUGUCUCAGUGCAGGGGUGGCUAGAGAGUUUGGUUUAAAGUGCCAAAUUUCUGAAGUCCUCAGAUGGUGACAUUGCCACGGGUGAUCCGGUUGCCAGCAUGGGGGCAGGUAAAGGUGAAAUUACUUACCUGACCCUGUCCCUCGUGGGCACCACCAUCUUUCUUGCACUGCUCUUCUCUAACUUCUGGAGCCAACGGCACUAUUGUACUCUCAUGCAUGUGCAGGACCCUCCAUAGACACGGCCAAUUUCCUGCAGCCGUGACUGGUGACAGCUGUAGAUAUUAAACAACACUCCCCAUGAGUCUAAGAAAGUCAGUCGGAGGAGAAAUACAAAGACAAAAUAGUCCCUACUUUCUCUUUCUAUCUCUUGACCUGGUUUGGAAUUUCAGUGAAAUCCCAACACAGUCAAAAUAAGUAUUUCAAAAAGAGGAGGGUUACGUUGCCACUUUAACUACUGAAUUGCAGAAGCAUGAUCCAUACACACAAACUGCUCCAUUAUGAUAAAGUUGGUUUGAAACCUAGAGUAUCCCUUUUACAGUGGGAAUGGUUAGGAAAUCUAACGAAAAUAAUUUUAAAUGGUUACUCCCGCCUUAAUAACCGCUGUAGUGGUUAUGAUGAGAGUAGUACCCUGGUUCCAUUACCAGCUAAUUGGGCAAACUAUUGGCAACAGUUUGCACUCUUACCUGUGUCCCAGACUGCUCUGUGGGUAGGUUUACAACAUUUGGCUUCUGCAAACCUGCAGAAGGCAGAUGCCAAUCCUGCUGUUGAUUCAUUGUCUGGGAAUGUCAGCUGAUCACACUCAGCCAGUGAAUGAAUACCUGUGCAUAAAAAUAUUGAUAUGACAAAUGACACCCCAAUGACGCUGCCUUAGCUUACACCUCUGCUGGCACAGUGGUUAAACUCCAGCGUUAUAAAGCAAAUUUACGGAAGUGGUCAUGGUGCUUGCAGUAACUAUACCAUGCACAUCUUUGUGAAAUUGUCUGACUUGCAGAACUACAUGAACAUUUUUUUCCUCUCCAUAACCUUGUUGGGUUCUGUGAUGCAUACUAGGCUCUGCUAAGGGUAAAAUAAUAAUUUUGGGAUUGUGGGGCAGAGUGGUUUCAGCGAGAGAUUCACCUGACUAAGCGGAUUAUGUAUUCAUAAAACGUAUAUGUAUUUUCCCUAAUACUUUGUGACUGGGGUGUUUUUUUGUUUUUUUUGUGUGCAUGUUUUAAUAAAUUUAGAAAAUUAAAGUAAGCCCUGGCACCGUCCCUCGGUAAGAUGUCAAACCGUUUUAAUGUGGUUUAGUAACGGUCUCAGGUCCAAAAGGACUCUAUAGCCACUUUUCCUGAAUCUGGUCUUCUCCUUCCAUAGUAUUGUACACGUGACACUGCAGGAGAUACACUAAUUUAUAUGGUACACGAUAGCUGUAUACAAGAAGGUUCCAAAGAAAAGGAACCAAGGGGUGUUGGAUUACCCUUUAAAAAUUCGAGCGUACAAUUUUAAAUUAAGGAAAACCAGAGUGACACCUCAUAGUAUUCAGUUAACAACACAUAUGACAUAUAAAGGGGAUUUAUAAAAAUCCUACAUUGUUAUUUAUCGAUUAAGAAUUUUAACUAUAUCACAAAUGACUGUUCCAUUUUAAUAUUGAAUGAGACUCUUCACACCAUCACCACUAAAGUGCCAUCCCACUGUCAAGAGAAGAAACGUUUGUUUGAAAUGUUGGUCCUUUUUAAACCAGAAAAGGGUCAGGGCACGGCAGAUAUUUUAAAAUCCUUUUUUUUUAAUUUUUUUUUUGAGCAAAUGUGGCUGACAGGAGAUUGGGCAAAUUUAAAACAAACUUUAAAGUCGGAAAAGGCCCAUGAUCAGAUGGUGCAGGGCUGUUAAUUUUAUUCAUAUGAGUCACUGUUUUCUGACACAUUGACAAAACACAGCGGAUGGGUUAUCCUUAUUUAAAAAAAGAACGAAGUUGCCAUUUGUGUAUGUGAAUGCUGAGUUAUUGAUUAUUCAGUACAGCAAAGCUUCACGUUAAUGCAUUCUGUAAUGUAUUUAUUUUUCGUCACAGGACGGACUCCGAAAUUUAUGAGGAUGCAGUUGAACUCCAGCAGUUCUUUAUCAAAAUUCGUGAUGAGCUUUGUAAGAAUGGAGAAAUCCUUCUAUCUCCUGCCCUUAGCUACACCACCAAACACCUUCACAAUGACGUGGAAAAGGAGAAGAAAGAGAAACUGCCUAAGGAAUAUGAAGAAGAUAAAGCUAAACGAGAAGAAGAGAAGAAAGGUAUUUUAAUAUCGUUAAGUGCUCAGAGGGGUUUUUCCGAACACUAGCAAAUAAUUUUUCCUGAUUAAUAAACAAAAUAAAUCUAUUUCCUUAUAAGGGUUUUGGGUAGUUGUAAUAUGCUGGCAUAAUUAAUGGAUUGAAAUACCUCCAGUAUGACAUUUAUUUUCUAACUACAUUUUGGUUAUUGUAGCAAUUUAAAUCUAUUUAGCUGGAGUACGAGCUUUGUCCAAAUAUUUAUGGUCUGCACAUUAGAUGCACAAAUCUACUUCUAGGGUGCAAUCUGAUGAGUUUUUUUUUUUAUGUUUAGUCUGUUACCCGGAAAUUAUUUCAUUGAAAUGUCAGUUAUAAUCGGUGGAAUCUGUUUUUUCUUUUAUGAUUAUUAGAGAAACAGUGCAGGGUUAAGACUGCCUCUAGUGGCGGUCUACCAGACCGCUAUUAGAGGUACUUCCUGCUGUUUCAUGGGGUAUGAAAUGGGUUUGUAUUCCUAACACUACAUUGUCCCUGUAAAUAUCCAUGCUCGUUAACUGAAGUGUUUAACGUUUUUAAAAAGAUAUUAAACUGCUAUGGUAAACUCUCUUACCUGCGUCCUCACUGGGUGCCAAGCCUGAUGCUGGAUGAUGCACAUCUGGCUUCUGCAGAGCUUCAGAUGGCAGUCCCACUGGUGAUUACUUAGCUGAGCUGAACUUGACAUUAGACAGGUUCUCAGUAUGUAGACACUUUUUUUUAUAUUGCUCAGUAUGUGGACAGUUUUAUAAAAGCUGCACAUACACACUCCAGUCACCAUGACCACUUCAAAUCAAUGAAGUUGUCAUGGUGCUUGGAGUAAUCCUUUACGGUAAUUUGGUCAUUGUGUGUGCAUAUAUUAGCAAACAGUGGGAUUAAAGGGACUCUCCAGUGCCAGGAAAACAUAUCCCUGCAGUGCCCCUCUCCCUCCCACCCUGCUCUCAUGUUGUUGAAGGGGUUAAAACUCCUUUAGUGACUUACCUGAAUCCAGGUUCCACCCAUGCUCCUCCUCCUCUGACGUCAGCCGGCAGGGUAGACCUAAUGCGCAUGCGCGGCAUUAUACCUCCCCAUAGGAAAGCCUUAUUCAAUGCUUUCCUAUGGGGAUUCUGGCGACGCCUGAGGUCCUCAUGCUAUGCAGUGAUGUUUAAAACACUUUUUCGUGUUCAAAGAACACGGAAGUCCCUCUAGUGGCUGUCUUAUAGACAAUCACUAGAGGAGGUCUUAACCCUGCAAGGUAAUUAAUGCAGUUUAUAAAACCCACACCUCUCCAAUGGGCAGAAGUGGUCUGUGUGCCUGGAGUGUCACUUUUAAUGUCUUUUUCUGAAGUUUGUAUGUUGAAUUUAUAACAUUGUUGUGAAAAGGUUUGUUACCUCUGCAGACACAAGUUCAAUUAACUUGGAUAAUGUAAAUAUUGCAUGAAUAUACAGUCCCGUACUACAUUACUAAUCAUUUCUCUUGGCUGAAUAACUUUGGAGUUUAAUAUAUCUUAAAUAGAAAUGACAGAGCUUGACUUUAGUAGUUCUGCAUUUCUGUCGAGAUUUGUCAGGUGUAGGAGAAAUGCGUGAGGCAAAGUAGUCCCUACUUUGUCUUAGAAUGUUAUCUUUACACCGCCAGUGUGAAUAUUUCAUAAAGCCGGUAAACGGCUGAGAGCAUCAACUCAAUCUGUCAGCCUAGAGCUGGGUGCCCUUUUAGUAUAUCAAAUAUGUUUUAAGUGCAUCUGCUGAAGCUCUAGCUUGCUUGUGCAUAAACCUGUUACACUAGUUACUCAUUGGAUUGAAUAAAAACUCUGUAUUCCUAUUUGUUUUUAACUAAAGAAGCUGAAAAAAGUGAAGAUCCCGGAGGUGUGUCUGGGCAGUCUGGCUUAUAUCGCACGUACAGCCAGGACUGCAGCUUUAAGAAUAGUAUGUACCACGUUGGAGAUUAUGUGUACGUGGAGCCUGCAGAGCCUAAUCUUCAACCACAUAUUGUCUGCAUUGAAAGGCUCUGGGAGGAUACUGCAGGUGAGGUCAUCCAAAAUGUUGAAGUGUGUUUUGAUCCUGGGAGCCAUGGCGUGUUAAUAGUUAAUAGGUAAUAGAAUGUACACUGCUUGCACUAUGAUAUUCUCAGCAAAUGUAAAGAUUCAAACUUGCUUAUCUAAUGAUUGACUCUCCCCUAACCCAGUAAUAGGAGGUACAAGGCAUAGCUUCAUAUGCAGACAGUGUUCCACCAUGAUGCUCAAGACUUUGUCACUUAUUGGGCACGGUAUUUGUUGUCUUCACUGCUGUACUAACAGCAUAUAGCUAGAGAAGGUGAAAAUAAUGAAAUUGACCAUAACUUUAAAUCAUACGAUGGAAUGUUGUACUCAAGAGUGCAGUGCCAGUACUGAAAACAAUAGCUACCUCUACCAAGAAACCCUAUCCAGUAUCCCCGACGAUCCACUGGUAUCCUAGUAAUAUUUUACUGGACUCAUUGGCGCAGCCCUCAUACGUCUUUUUCUCUACUUGUGUUUAUUCACCGAAGGACCUGAGGGGUUUUCCUUCCUUUGGGUUGCUGCCUCCCUCUAAUAAUUGUGUGUUAAUUAGCGUUGAAUUCUCUCCUUUUCGUGUUUAACUGAAAACAAUGCCUUAUCCCUGAUGAUUUUGAAGCCGUGCCAGCCAAUGGGAGACUCCCUGAAAAUAGCAUUAAGCAUCUGGUUUUCGGUCCUUGCAUAGGGCUAGACCUAAUGUGUAUUAUGAUUUUCAAAAUGUUGGUUAAAUUGUGUCCCUCUUAUUUGCUAUUUAAAAAUUUUCAGAUUUCCUGCAAAAAAUACUAAGAGCCAUAUUUGCAAAGGUAUGUUAAACUGGUUGAAUUAACGUUUGGCUGUAAUUUUAUUCAAUUGGUGUUUGUAGGCGAGAAAUGGCUGUAUGGUUGCUGGUUCUAUCGUCCUAAAGAAACCUUUCACCUUGCUACGCGGAAAUUUUUGGAAAAGGAAGUUUUCAAGAGUGAUUAUUAUAACAAAUUUCCUGUUAACAAGAUUCUUGGCAAAUGUGUUGUCAUGUUUGUGAAGGUAAGAGAUUCAAAUAUUACAGAUGGGCCCUGAACUUGUCUUUGAGAGAUUCUAUUACUCAUAUCUUAUUAAAGGAACUCGUAUAAGGGGUGAUUUUCUCGAACAUUCAUUAUUAUUAUGUUUCACAUUUAUAUAGUGCCAACUUAUUCUGCAGCGCUUACAAUAUUGUGAAAGGGAUUAACCCAUUGUCUUUGAAGGGGAUAUGUGUCAAGCCAACCAGCAUUGCUCCCUUUCUUUUUUGAUGAAUUCUAUUUUGUUUGUAAUUUCUCCCCACUCCCAUUGACUUUGUUUAUGCUAGGUUUUGAUGUUUACGUUCUGAUGUUUAAGUUAAUUCCUUCCUGUGUGGCUUGUGCAAUGCAUGAAGGGGAAAAAAGGUAACUUUCACUAUUUUUAUUUUCUGCCAUAAAGUUUUUGGAUCUCAAACAAAAGGUAUAAUUAAUACGGAAAGCACUGUGUAAGUUUUAGCCAUUUUUUUCUUAUUUUCACCAAAUGAAUACAAUUUCUAAAAACUACCAUAGUUAUGCCCGUUUGCACUGGAAGGCCAUGAUGUUGAAAUUGUUUAUUCUCCCUAGCCUUGUGAAUCUGUAUGAUGUAAGAAUUAUUUUUUUAAAUUUUUAUUUUUUCUGAACACACAGGAGUAUUUUAAAAUCUGCCCUGAAAACUUCCGUGAUGAGGAUGUGUAUGUCUGCGAAUCUCGAUAUUCUGCUAAAGCCAAGUCUUUCAAGAAAAUCAAGUUGUGGACGAUGCCAAUCAGCUCCGUUCGUUUCAGGCCAAGAGAUAUCCCUUUGCCUGUGGUCAGAGUAGCCUCUGUGUUUGCCACGAAGAGCAAGCUGGAAGAAGAUUCAUCCCUGGAUGCCACAGAAGAAUGCAAGGAAGAGGAUAUCACUCAGAGUUUGCAGAAGGUAGAUGAUCUUUUUGUAGCACAUUAGGGGAGGACAUCACACCUAACAUGGGAAUCUGUCUGAUACAUGAGACAUUCAGUUUGUGCACUCUUCUCUCUGCGUUGACUGUUCACAAUAAAAGUUCCAGUUACUUCAUAUAAAUUAUUAUUUUGUUUAACCUGAGGAUAUUAAUAAUAAAUGCUGUACUCUAAAGCAGGGCAUACUUGAAAAUAAGAGCAUUGUUAUGAGCCGAAGAAACUGCCUUACUGCGCAGCGAGGGUAGAUUAUUAUUAAACCUAUUUUAAUUCUAAUGUCCAGAAUCUGAUUUUUAUCAUACAGGAGAAGGAAGACGUUCCUGUUGACAUGCCCAAUGGUGACCCUGGUUGCUAUUACUUUGAGCAGCUUCGAUAUAAUGAACUGUGGCUGAAGGUUGGAGACUGUGUAUUUAUCAAGUCUCAUGGAUUAGUUCGAGCAAGAGUUGGAAGGUAAGUAGAUUUCAUAUUUGGUUAGAUAUGACUCUUUCCUCGUGGUUUGUAUCCUGCCCAGAGGAUUACGCUUUAUUUAAGAGUUAUGUAUAAAUGAGCAAGUGUUUGUUUAGGAACAAGAGACCUACUGUGCCCUGAAAUGUAAUAAGACACACAACGCAUAUAGUCACACUAGUACCGUAUAUACUCGAGUAUAAGCCGACCCGAAUAUAAGCCGAGGCCCCUAAUUUUACCCCAAAAAACUGGGAAAACGUAUUGACUCGAGUAUAAGACUAGGGUGGGAAAUGCAGCAGCUACUGGUAAAUUUCUAAAUAAAAUUAGAUCCUAAAAAAAUUAUAUUAAUUGAAUAUUUAUUUACAGUGUGUGUAUAUGAUGAAUGCAGUGUGUGUGUAUGAUGAAUGCAGUGUGUGUGUAUGAUGAAUGCAGUGUGUGUAUGAUGAAUGCAGUGUGUGUGUGUAUGAUGAAUGCAGUGUGUGUGUGUGUAUGAUGAAUGCAGUGUGUGUGUAUGAGUGCGCAGUGUGUGUGUAUGAGUGCGCAGUGUGUGUGUAUGAGUGCGCAGUGUGUGUGUAUGAGUGCGCAGUGUGUGAGUAUGAGUGCGCAGUGUGUGAGUAUGAGUGCACAGUGUGUGUGUAUGAGUGCGCAGUGUGUGUGUAUGAGUGCGCAGUGUGUGUGUGAGUGCGCUGUGUGUGUGUAUGAGUGCGCUGUGUGUAUGAGUGCGCUGUGUGUAUGAGUGCGCUGUGUGUAUGAGUGCGCUGUGUGUAUGAGUGCGCUGUGUGUAUGAGUGCGCAGUGUGUAUGAGUGCGCAGUGUGUGUGUAUGAGUGCGCAGUGUGUAUGAGUGCGCAGUGUGUGUGUAUGAGUGCGCAGUGUGUGUGUAUGAUGCAGUGUGUGUUUGUGUUGCAGAGCCUUGGUGGGGGGUGGGCAUUUUUAUAAAAAAAAAAUUAAUAUUUUUUUUUUGUUGUAUUAUUUUUUUAUUAUUAUUUAUAUUAUUUAUAUGUAUAUAUUAUUAUUUUGUUAUAUUAUUAUUUUUAUUACUUAUAUUAUUAUUUUUAUUAUUUAUAUAUUAUCAAUUUAUUUAUUUCUGUCCCCCCUCCCUGCUUGAUACAUGGCAGGGAGGGGGGAUCUCCUUCCCUGGUGGUCCAGUGGCAUUGGCAGUUCAGUGGGGGGAGGAGGGGGGCUGGCAGAGCUGUUACUUACCUCUCCUGCAGCUCCUGUCAGCUCUCUCCUCCUCCGCGCCGGUCCGUGCAGCUCUUCUGUCAGCUCACACUGUAAGUCUCGCGAGACCGCACUAUGACCCCGCGGCUCUCGCGAGACUUACACUGGGAGCUGACCGAGGUGCUGACCGGACCGGCGCGGAGGAGGAGAGAGCUGACAGGAGCUGCAGGAGAGGUAAGUAACAGCUCUGCCAGCCCCCAGUCUGUAUUAUGGCAAUGUAAAUUGCCAUAAUACAGACAGUGACUCGAGUAUAAGCCGAGUUGGGGUUUUUCAGCACAAAAAAUGUGCUGAAAAACUCGGCUUAUACUCGAGUAUAUACGGUAAUAUUUAUUCCGUAUAGUGUGAAUACAUUUUUGAUCAAAACUCCAAUUUUUUUUUUUUUUUCUUCAACCUGUUUUUUUUUGUUUGUUUUUUACGUUGAACGGGAGCACACAAAAGAUCAAGUUGCAUUGCAUCACACUAGUUUAUUAAAAUGAAAAUGCAGCUACCCUAGUGUCCAUAGUCACUCAUCAGAGACUGAAAACAAUAUAACUACAAACACACAGCAAAAUAUACUUAUAACAGGAAAUUCCUGAUGGUACAAAAAAGCUCACAUAGCAUAAUACUGUUUUAUAAUCCAUAAUAAAUGAUAAACAGAGGUAAUGGGUCACUCACACUUUCCAGAGUAUAUAUCGCUGUGUGUUGGUGGCUAUUGCGCACACUGUAUUUGUAUUUGUUAUAUUUCCAAUAAUAAGCAGAACAUAGUGCUCUAGUACAUGCUGAACAUAUUGUGAGGUAUCUGCAAGAAACAUACAUGUAUACAUGGAAAAUGCAGCCAGAACACAGUUACUGGUGCCGGAGUAUACUAUAAUAACAGGGCAUUCCAAUACGGGUCCCUGACAAGGUGCGUUAGUGACACUUAAACUGACUUUUGUGUUUUUUAAUUGUCACUGUUGUGGUGGUUUAUGUGUGGUGGAUGUUUAUUAUCAGACCACAAUCCCUUGACAGAAGUAAAGGUAUGGAGAUUGCUACCUUUCGAUUGAGAUUUCUAUGAUGGCGACAAUAACACAAUAUCUGUACCUAUAUGCAUGCAGGGACUUUCUAUGGUAUUUGUAGAUCACAUGUUAAAGCGAUCGAGGUUUUAGACUGUUUACACCUAUCAUGUGCAGUGACAUAGAUGAUGCAGAUCAUGUUUUCACAAUCAAGGUAUACAUAUGUCGAUUUGAACUUGCUUCUGCCUGCAGUUAAAAUGGUGUGGCAUAUGCUUGUUUACUUUACACUAUUCAGUAUCAUGAUGAUAAAAAAAAAUGUACAUUUAUAAACCAGAUAAAUGCCUACAGAGGAGAUACAGAUGUAAAUUUAGUAACCUCAUUCAUAGUGCACAAGUCUGGUUCAGAAUUGUAAUUUAUGAAAGGAAGACUCCGAGCAUCAUCUCUUAAUAAUCUGUACAACCAACAAAAGGAUGAGAGAACUCGUAUUACACUCUCAGCUUAUCAAUGCUGCUCCCAUCGCCACUCUGGUUAACAGGGAAGUGUUUUAACCAGAGCAGAAGAAGCGAGGAGCGCCCAAAUCACAGAUAAGCCAUAAGUAAAUGGUGAACAGACAGACUGUGCUGGGGCAUUCCAGAGCCAGUGCAAUAAUCUCUUUAAGAAAAAUGAAGUUUUUAAUGCUCUGACCCACAUUUAUGUAUUUAAAUUGUGUGUGGUUACUAAAUUCAUAGCUUCAUCUCCUCUGAGGGCAAGGUGAGAGCAUUUCUGAUGUAUCUGGUUCACUAACAUACAUAACAUACACCUGAUGCCUAGCGUGUUCCUUUUGUCACAAUGUAAAUGUUGGGAUGAUAAAGCAAUAAGAUUUGUUAUUGUUUGCAAAGCAUUUUUAUGUUUAAACUCAUUGUUAAUAUUUACAUUUUAUAAUUUAGAAUAGAGAAAAUGUGGGUGCGUGAUGGAGCAGCAUUUUUCUUUGGCCCAAUCUUCAUUCAUCCUGAAGAAACAAUCCAUGAACCAACAAAAAUGUUUUAUAAGAAGGAAGUGUUUCUGAGUAACUUGGAAGAGACCUGCCCAAUGUCCUGUAUUUUAGGUAGGAGGGUCGAUUUGUUUUUUUUUUUGCUUUAGAAGAUGCAAGUUCAUUAUUAGGUUGUAAAGGAAUUACAGUUGAAAGUGUACAUUGCCAUUUUACAAGAAAUGAGCCAACGUGUGAUCACAAGAGGUACAAACAAAUGCAGUUGUAAAACAUAAUCAUGAUGUUCAAUUGCAAUAUAAAGUUGAGCAGUAAAUCGGAGCAAUGAGUGAGGGAACAGUAAUUUGUAAAGUGUAGUCAGUUGUGUGAUGAAUAGUUGUUGUUAACCUCUCCAUAAUAUUGUUGACUUUACUUUUGACAGAGACAUUGGCCAGCGAGGGUGGUGAAACAUGCAACCAAAAUUCUUCAAUUGAGUGCAGCCAGAGCAAUUAAAAAAAUAAGUUUAUUUUUCCCUCCAGAUUAGAGUCAGUGCACAACAAUCUGUCUGGAUAGGAAAAGGCAGGACGACUCCUAGUACUUUAAAGGUACUGCUUGAGGACCUCCAACGUUAGAUUUUUUUUUCCCCAUAGAAAAGCAUUGAUUAAUGCUUUCCUAUGUGGAAAUCCUAAUGUGAGAGCAGCCAUUGCCACGUAUACGCAUUUGGUCUCCCCUGUCAGCUGACGGCAGGGGAGGAGCAUGGUCGUAGCCUGACCAAGUGCUGAGGUACAUCAGCACUGGAUUCAGGUAAGUGAUUGAAGGGGUUUUAACCCCUGCAGCGCCAAGGGAGAGGGGCACUGUAGGAACCUAUAGUGCCAGGAAAAUGGCUUUGUUUUCCUGGCACUAUAGAAUCCCUUCAAAGACAUUCAGCUUCUUACGGAAAAAUUAAGUAACAAAAAUUGAAAAUGCUUUCAACAACAUAAAAGUCAAGUCUUUAACAUUAAGGGAUCUGAUAUUAGAGAAUGGAAGUAUCCUUCUAACAAUGCCGUUAUAUCAAAACAUUUAAAAAAAAAAAAUUGCCAUUAAAGAGCCUGACAAAUAAUCUUGAAGAAUUGCCUAAAGUAGAUGUACUGAUAGCUCAGUUGGGGGAAGAAAACCACCCUACCUAUAGGAGAUUUCAGUGGUCUUCAAGAUGCCAUGGAUAAAAAAAGUCUUCAUUACGAAAGCUAUUCUCUAAAGCCCUUACACCCUGUUCCAAAUUAUUAUGCAAAUUCUAUUUGUGUCACACAAAUUUAAUAUUUAGUUUUUCAGUUUAACUCAUGGAUGGAAUUGUGUUUCAGGGCUCUUUUGAUCACUGAAAACAAUCUCGGACACCUGUGAUAAUUAGAUUGCCAGGUGAGCCCAAUUUAAGGAAAUACUACUAAAGGAGGUGUUCCACAUUAUUAAGCAGAGCACCAUUUUCAUGCAAUUUUGAAGAAAAAGGAUCUCUGCUGUCGAAAAGAGUGAAAUCGUUCAAUGCCUUGGACAAGGUAUGAAAACAUUAGAUAUUUCACGAAAGCGUGAUCAUCGCACUAUUAAGAGAUUUGUGGCUGAUUCAGAGCACAGACUGGUUCGUGCAGAUAAAGGCACAUUGAGGAAGAUUUCUGCCAGAUCCAUGUAUCGGAUCAAGAGAGCAGCAAACAGAUAUUUGAAGCUGCUGGUGCCUCUGGAGUCCCAAGGACAGGUGUAGAGUCCUCCAGAGUCUUGCAACUGUGCAUAAACCUUCUAUUCGGCCACCACCAACCAGUGCUCACAAGCAGAAAUGGCUGCAUUGGGCAGAAAAAUACAUGAAGACUAAUUUUCAAACAGUCCUGUUCACUGAUGAGUGCCAUGCAACCAUGGAUGGAGUAGUGGAUGGUUGGUGGACGGCCACCCUGUUCCAACAAGGCUGCGACGUCACCAAGGCGGUGGUGGAGUCAUGUUUUGGGCGGGAAUCAUGGGAAGAGAGCUGGUCGUCCUCUUUAGGGUCCCCGAAGGUGUAAAGAUGACCUCUGCAAAGUAUGUGGAGUUUCUGACUGACCACUUUCUUCCCUGGUACAGAAGGAAGAACUAUGCUUUCCGUAAUAAAAUCAUCUUCAUGCAUGACAAUGCACCAUUUAAUGCUGCAAAGAAUACCUCUGCAUCAAUGGCUGCUAUGGGGAUAAAAGGAGAGAAAGUCAUGGUGUGGCCUCCAUCCUUCCCUGACCUCAAUCUUAUUGAAAACCUUUGGAGCAUCCUCAAGCAAAAUAUCUAUGAGGGUGGGAGGCAGUUUACAUCCAAACAGCAGCUCUGGGAGGCUAUUCUGACAUCUUGCAAACAAAUUCAAGCAGAAACUGUCCAAAAACUCACAAGUUCAAUGGGUGCAAGACUUAGAGUGAACCAGAGUGACUUCUGAGUUAAUGCAGGCAUAAUAUGCCUCCAUCCACUCAGAUCUGCUGUCAGCAGAGCACAUGGCAGCACUGGCACAGCAUCUUGUGAUUCAGUAUCUCCUCCCUCUGCAUGCAGACACUGAACUUUCCUCAUAGAGAUUAAUUGAUUCAAUUCAUCUCUAUGAGGAGAUGCUGAUUGGCCAGGGCUGUGUUUGAAUCAUGCUGGCUCUGCCCCGAUCUGCCUCUUUGUCAGUCUCAGCCAAUCCUAUGGGGAAGCACUGUGAUUGGAUCAGGCUACCACAUGUCAGCAGACUGCUUGUUUUUCUGAGUCUAACAGCAUGCAGAUUUACAGCUUCAGGCUUGAAUACAGUAAGAUUUUUACUAUAUUUAAGGAGGCAUGAGGGGCACAGGGGGGCUAGAUGGUGGUGUUAACACUAUAGGGUUAGGAAUACAUGUUUGUGUUCCUGACCCUAUAGUGAUCCUUUAAAACAAAGGGGCUAUCUAUGAAAAGCCUUGAAAUUCCUGCACUGUUAAGUUUAUUUCACACUGUUUAGUAAUGCAAAUUCCCUUUAAUUAUCCCAGCAUCCAUUUCGUCAUGGCUUUAGUUGUUUUAUUUAAAAUCCAUGGUGUUUACAUCCAAUAUCCCCUUUUGAGAUUUCACCUUUUUUUAAAUAUCAUGGUACGCUCCUCCUCAUACUUUGAUUUCACAAUACACUUAUCUGAUAUUGCUUUAUUUACCAUAAUAUGUUGAUUUGACAUUGCUUUGCAUUCUCAUUGCACUGAUCUGAUCAGAUAUUGCUUUAUAUAAUAUGGUAUAUGGAUAUGAUAUUCAGUUAUACAUUAAAUAUAACCAUUAUUGAUAACAAAACAUUGAUUUGAUGUAUUUUCUGCAUUUUUGCAAAUGGCUUUGUGGAACAAUUGGCACUCUAUCACAAACAUUCAUAUGCUGUAAUAUUCUCUAAAUCUGUCUCCAUCUUUGCUUGAAGAGUGGAUUAAUAAUUACCAAUUACAUUUUUUUUCUCUCUUAGGAAAGUGUGGUGUUUUGUCUUUCAAGGAUUUCCUGUCUUGCCGACCAACAGAAAUUCCUGAAAAUGACAUACUCCUCUGCGAAAGUCGUUACAAUGAGAGCGACAAACAAAUGAAGAAAUUUAAAGGGCUUAAAAGAUUUUCUCUGUCGGCAAAAGUGGUAGAUGAUGAGAUUUAUUAUUUCAGGUAAGCAUCUUAAACCACGUCCCAGCCGUAGCGUAUAAUACAAGCACAGUGUCACUGUUUUGGUUUUAGGAUAAUAGGUGCUUGGUAUACGCAGGCCUUGCCUGACUGUGCACCCAGUAGGAUGCUGCUGUGAAUACUGGUCAAGAAGCUGGACAACAGGUGGGUCCCAAGUUGUAAUAUAACUACAAGUCCCACAAGGUUGGCAAAUUCUCAAUGGACUUGUAGUUCUGAAUUACCAGGAGAUCUACCUUUUGGUCAUCUCUGACUAUGAUUAUAUUUAAAUGACACUGAUACAGACUUUCUAAAUUGUCUGUAUUUGCCUGAAUUAUGGUGUCUUGAGUGUUAUUUUUAUGAAUAAACUCCCACAUGAUUUAUAUGGCAGAAUAUUUACAUAAAGGACCACUAUACUGCCAGGAAAACAUACUCGUUUUCCUGGCAUUAUAAUGCCCUGAGGGUGCCCCCACCCUCAGGGUCCCCCACCCGCCCGGCUCUGGAAGGGGGAAAGGGGUAAAAACUUACCUUUUUCCAGCACUGGGCGGGGAGCUCUCCUCCUCCGAUCCGCCUUCUCUCCUCCCCGUCGGCUGAAUGUGCACGCGCUGCAAGAGCUGCGCGCGCAUUCAGCCAGUCACAUAGGAAAUCAUUAUCAUUAUCAACAGUGAGAAGCACGCAAGCGGCUGUCAGUGAGACAGCCGCUAGAGGGAAUGGGGGAAGGCUUAACCCAUUCAUAAACAUAGCAGUUUCUCUGAAACUGCUAUGUUUAUAAAAAAAAUGGGUUAACCCUAGCUGGACCAGGCACCCAGACCACUUCAUUAAGCUGAAAUGGUCUGGGUGCCUAGAGUUGUCCUUUAAGUAAUUUUUUUUUUUUUUUUUUUUUUUUUUUAUAAAUUCACUUUCCGAUAAGAUACCCAACUAGCUGUAGUGAUAAUGAUGCCAGGAGUUCCCCCCUAUACCAUCUUACUUGAGGUCCACGUUGUGUCGCUUCCGUUAUCUUUCCUGUGCGAAGCCACCGGUUUGCUCUCAGCCAGUGAGCUAAGAUGCGCACCAUUUGCUUCCCUUAGCUCAAAGUCUCCCAGCUCCCUGACUUGGUUAAAGUAGUGGUGGUAGGGAAUGUCAGUAAGAUGUUUAUCUGUUUUGAUCAGUUUGACAGUGUGAGUAAAGGGUAGUUAUGGUGCGUGCAGCUGUAGUGGUUAUGGUACCUGGAGUUUUUAUUUAAUAACCCCCAUAUGAUUUACAUGGAAGAAUAUUCUUUACGAGUCAAUUUAUAAAUUCACCUUUAAAAUUAGUGAACAACCUUUGCAUAUAUACCAGUACUUUAGUAAUCUUCUUGACCAGUGCAGAGUAGACCUAUAUACUUUCUAUUUAUCAAUUUUCAAAAUCUAUUCAUGUUUUUAUACAAUUAAAAUCCGCAUGAAGACGGUAAUCUUUUGAAUGAACUUCUUUAAAUGUUGUGCGAUUUUUGUUUGUUUUUUUGUUUUGUUUUUUUGGGGGGGUGGUGGAUGUUUUCUUAGGAAACCCAUUGUUCCCCAGAAAGAGCCAUCCCCUCUGCUGGAACGAAAGAUUCAGGAUUUGGAGGCAAAGUUUGCUGAACUGGAGGGAGGGGAGGAGGAGAUAGAAGAUCUAGGAGAAGAAGAGGGGGAAAUCCUAGACGCUCCGUCCCUCCCACAAAUUCCAACCCCUCUGUCAGGAGAGUUGGACAUCAUGCCUUACACACCACCGCAGGUAAAUACUCCUAACCUUCUGUACAAUUAAUUAUAUUAAUUAGAAAAUAAUCAUUUGCUAAUCUUCAUUAGCCGAAUACAAUCAUUUCAAACUGUAAUCUAACACUGUCCUUAGUUUUGGUUUUAUGCAUUGUCUGUAAUAAAUUUGCGACUUUACAAGAAUUGGGAAAAGUUGAACAUUUUAUUACCAGAGUAGGUUUGUUUUUGUGCUAGUUUUAAAGCAGACUCAUUUUUAAUUAAAAGGACACGAACGGUAAGGAUACUGCAGUGUACCACUACAGUUUUAACCCUGAAAUGUAAAACAUUGCCAGUAUGUAUGAACGUCAAUGUUUUCAUUGCAGGGUUCAGCACCUCUAGUGGCUGUCUUCCUGAUAGCAGCAAGAGGUGCUUCCCUGUGAGAAGCGAGUCAGACUUUUUUUUUUUUUUUUUGCAUAAGGUGGGACGGUAACCUAACAAUAAGCAGGACGAUUUUGCCUUUGUGUUCCUUUUGAGAUGGAAACAAAACAUUUAAAUGUUGAUACUAUUGGCCAAUUUAUAUUUUUUGAGCCGGUAAAGGCUCAACGCUGUGAAAUAGCCAUACCUUUAGCGUUUUUAAAAGUACACACUACAUUACAUUAUAAAUGUGUAUUACAGAAACAAAUAUUAUAAAAAUGUUUUCCACUUAAGGUCAAUCCUUUGUUUUUGUGUUUUUUUUUUGUUUUUUUACAUUUUCUUAACAUCGUUGCUUCAUUUUUAUUUUUUUUAUUUAUUUUUUAUUAUUGAAUGUAAACAGUUUUAUUUGUAAAAAUCCAAAUGUUGUUGUUAUUGUUAUACAAGUUGUAAUGUACAUGAUGUAUAUGAGAGUUAGCCAACCAACAUUUAAAUAUAUAUUUGUCCAUGUUUUUGUGUACUGUUAACCACUCAAGGACAAGGGAUUCACAAUUAGAUUAGAUAUGUGUUAGCUUUGUUCGGUUAUUAUUUUCCCCCACUCAUUUUGUGCACUUACAUGUAUAACAUUGCAAAACGGUUAAACAAAUAGAAAAAAAGUCUCAAAUCUUUUACACUUCCCUGUAUGAUACAGACAAAAAAGAUGGCAAAAAAACCUUGAAACAGCUGAGACCAAAAUUCUUAUUGACUAAAAAAAUUGGGUUUCACUUUGGAUUCACAAGCUGCUAAUAUUAUCCAUAUGUUGGUUUUUUUUUUUUUUUUUUAUUUAAAGUCAUUAAGAAAAAAACUUUUGUUACAAUUGUUAUAUAUCUAUUGGUUUUAAAAAUGUAUAGAGUUCUUUUCUUUUCAGACAUUACAGGGGCAACAGAAUUGGGUCAAAAUACAUACUUGUUUGCAAUCUAUAUUUGUUGCGAUGUUCUUUCUGCUUUUAUAACGCUCAAUGUUCCCAGCACUUUCCACAAAAUUAUGUUCUGUAAAGCAGGCAACACAAGGAAUUUCUGUGAAUGUCAAUCCAUUUUAGCUCACAAUUAUUACCAGAGAUGAAAAUAUAAGAAUAAAGCUUACAACACAGUGGUUCCUUUACUAGAUCGGGGAAGUAAAAAAGGCCUUUAAAAAAAAAAAAUAACUGCCCAUAAAGGAUAUUGUAACUGUGGAGACACGCAGAGUCUGACUGGGUUUUACAGAAUUUGUGCUUUUCUUUUAUAUGACAUAAAACCAUUUUAGUUCCUUUUUGUAAUUAAAGAAUGACUCGCCAAAUUACAUAAUGUGAGUCAAGGAAAAAAUUUUUAAAUAAAGUUGUAGUCACAUGACUCCAAGAAAAAAUAAUUCAAUGCUCCGAAAUGUAUUCAGUGUAUUGGUGCACACAGAAACUGGAAUACAACAGCAAAAUCACUUAAUGCACUGCAUCAUGAAACACAUUAAAGCCCUUAAGCUUACUCAAGUGCUUUAUGUAUGAAGAGCCUGUCAUCGUUUUCAUUUUACAAAAACUGCAGAUUUAACUAGAAAUUAGCAUGUUUCUAAACUAAUUAUCUUUGCUUAGCUCAAUUAAGCUAAACUCAAGAACCAGACAAAGGCAGGUAUAUCUACUAAACAGAAAUUUUAUUUAUGGUACUUUUAUUUUUAUUUUUUUGUAAGCACUUUUACUUUGAAUACAUUUUUAGAGAACUUUAUUUUUCCUUGGAGUCAUCUGUGCAGCUUUAUUUUUAUUCUUUGUUUGGCGGUGGAGGUGGUUGCACAGACCCUGGCCCUUUAACUGAAAAUAAUAAUGAUACAAAUCUUAGCUGCUGGAUGCCUGACCCCCCCUUCAUUGAGCAAUGCCAUUUGUUCCAGGAGAAAUUAAGUAUAGUGUAAUGUGUAAGUGCUUUGCAUACUAUAGUGUAAUCCCCCUGAUCUUGUAAUAAUAAUCGUGUUGGCAAUUUGUUUUUUGUCAGAGCAUCAACUUGUUUUUGUGCACACACUUUCAGAAAUUAUUAGUGUCCAAACAGGUCCAGAACACAACACAAUAAGUUUCUUAUUUCAUAGUCAUUUUGUGUUCAUGAAGCUCCGGAAAGAUUUAAAACCCUGUAUCCUGUCUCACUGUAAUCCAAUCUUGCUAUAUUAUACACCAAGGUUUUCUGUGAAACACCCAACUACAUGACCUGUUCUAGUUUCUCCUUGUUGUAUCAAAUAAACCAUCAUUUUAUCCAGGUGCACUCCCCACAUCCAGUCUACUCAAAUUGGAGAAGCUAGGUGUCUCUUUAAAGCAAAGCCAAGUGAUGAAGAACCACAGUCAUUGGCUGGAAGUGUCAACUGAGUGCGCUCCCCUUAUAAUUGCAGUCCUGCUUUACUUUAGAGAGAGAUCCGCUUCCGGAUGUGGUGCAGGGACACUCGUGUGUGCCAUGUCGUAAUGUUUUUGUUUUGUUUUUAUAUGUUUUACUGAUUCUGCUAUAAAUGUAGGCUUUUCAUGUGUUAGAGGAUUUCCUAGUAGAGAUGGCCCAGUGUCUCAUUUUUAUCAUCUGAUUUAGAUGUGGAAAAAGGAUUUAUUUAUUUUUUUCCUGUUUUGCUGUUUUUGAAUUUUAAAAUGUUUAAAAGUCCAUGGAAAAUAAACAGAAAACAGAAGUAAGAGAUUGUUAAAUGAUAUUUUACACUGUGAGGCGUUCUAGCCAUCAAGAAGUGAAAGAGGAGUGGAUAGCCAUAAGUAAAGUUUAACUUUUAUUGGUGAUUUAUUAUUAUUAAGGUUAUUGUUACUAGACUAUAAGUAAAUCUUGGUACAAGUCUAGUACAAGCUAAAAAAAUAAACACCUCUUAUUGGUGUUUGGAAAAAAACAAGUCAAAAUUACUAAUAUCAAACAUCUACUCACAAACUAAUACAAAUCACAUACAAGGUUGCAAACAAACUGCUAGUUGGGAAUUUACAACGGGGAGACCUUGUGUACCUGUAGAGCCCAACUCUCACUGUACUUUGUAAGAGUCAACAACUAGCUGUUUCAGUAAAGACUUCAAUUUAAAAAUGUUCCCUAGGACACCCUAAAUCUAUGCCCUCAUUGUGUGCAGCCUGAUUGUCCCGUCCAAGAAAGAAAGAGAAUAGCAGAGUAACAAAGAGGUAGUAGGAGUGAGCACCUGACUCAUUUCGCUGUCAGAACACAGGAGUUAGAAUGCACAGAACUAAUCUGAAAUGAGGACAUUUAAACCUUGCACUAAAGGCAUUGAUUUUAGUAAUAGGCACUAUUACUUUAUCCCUGUAGCAACGGUAACCAGUGGGAGGAACCCCAAGAAACCUAAUGUGCUAUAGAAAACGGCAAAAAUACUAUGCAUGUCUCCACACAAUAUGGAUUAUAUUGUGUAAAGGCCUACAUAAUAAAGUAACUGAACACAGAGUUAUUUGGCAUCAGACAACGGCACGGAAUCCAGAUGUAAAAAGAGAGUAAGAGACAAAAAAAACUGCUGUUUGUAUCCCAUCCCAUUAUACAAUGCAGUGUAAUCCCCAGCCAGUGACCUAGGGAUGCAAUGUAUUCAAAUACAGGGUACUGAAGAAUCUGUGGGACAGAUGACCACUGGCCCCCUUUGGUCACGAAACCUGUCUGGAAAGAUUAGUGUAUGGGCUCCUGUAGAACAAAUUGGACAGUAACAUCCAAACAAGACCUGUAAUAAUAGCUGCUCUUGAGGUGGCAAGAAAGGAAAAGCCUAAAAAAGUGUAAUACAGUGUGUAAUAAUAAAAAGCGUGUAUGCUAAUAAAAAUUUAAUUCGUGAAAAGAAAUUCAUUCUAAAAAGAAUGUAUGUACAACUAUGUACAAAUGGUACAGAAAAUGCGUGAAAGACCAUUGUAGUUUGCACUAAGUAAGAUAAAAGCUCCCUGCUCUGAAAAGGCUUACUUUACAAUAAAGGAUGAAUAACUAAAGUCCUUAUUUAACCCAUGAGGGACCAGCGUUUUAAAAUCAAAUAUCCAACGUGACUCACGUUUAAGCAGUUUAUAAUUUUCGAGGUGAUUAAAAGAAUAUCAUGUAGAGUACAUUUUAAUGAUCUGGAAACUUAAAUGUGCAGUUUCACUGUUCUACGUUGUGGGAGAGGUGGCCUAUAAUCCGGAGUACACUGAAUUUAUAGGUUGGAAAAUUUCUCAGACGUAGUUGUUGGUAGGUUUUAUCAGUGUAUUGUGUCUUGCAUGUACACGUGACAACAUGGAUCCCCUAGGUGAAGGAACAGUUAACAAAACCUUUCAAAGUCUGAUUUGUUAGAAACGGUACACAUAUUCUAUUCAGGAGGCUGUAUGAAUGGGCAAGCCUUACACUUUACACACCUAAACAUACCUCUAGGUGGUGAGAGCCAGGAGUCAGAGCUAGGGGCAUUGGAAAAGAGGCUAAAGACCAAACUGUCAACAAUGUCUGGGUGUGACAGUGGCGACAAGUGAGAUAACAGCAGAGAUUGUUGGAUCAAACUAUGGCAUAGGCCAGUAAUUUCAGAGGAGGGUAGUAUUUGGUGCCAUCCUUUGUCAAAGUGGCAGUACAGUGGAUAACCUGAUUUCUCUUGAUAGGCUUGGAAUUUGUAUAAUUUAAAUUAGACUGACGUGCGAUUGUCCAGCGCAUUUUAGUAGUUUUUCCUGGUAGUCCUUCGUUCUGAAAAAAAGUCUGCAUUUGUGUGCUUCAAUUUUGAAGUCUGCAUCUGUCGUACAGUUUCGCCUGGCCAUAUAGGAUGCCCUGUUUAAGGAAUACAGUGUGCCAGUUCUCCCAGUCCAGGAAAUCGUUUGUUUUAUUAUAUAAUUUCAACCUGUUAGAUUAUGAUUUUAAUGACUGGAAAUUCAAUUUCAUUGCUUUCAAACAGGUCAACUUGAGACCAAUAUUGUUUUAAUUCAGAUGUAAGACAUUGAUGACCCAAGUCUCAUUAAUGACAUUCCACAAUGACAAAAUAUUGCCAUACCUAGCCCAGAAUUUUACAUUGGUGAUGGAUGAACUUGGCCUCCCACCGUGCUAGGUAAAAGUUUGCAUAGCUGUGCCCCUAGUUUGUAGAUGUCUCCCGUUGAAGUAAUUGUGAGUGAGUAUUCAAGUAGUCUCAAAGCAAAUUCACAGAACUCUGAGCAUAAGGAGUUGUAAGAGUUCAAAAAGUGUCUACAGGCAUCAAUGCACUAUUUGUGUGGGAUAUUAUAAAGGGACAUUACAUCCGAGCUGACCAAGGAGUGACAACUGGAAGAUCAAUGUUUGCCUACUUCUCAACUGAAGGAGGGUGUUGAUUUAACCAAGGGGCAUAGUACUUGAUCAAGUAAUUAACUGGAUUUUUCAGCUAGUGAAUGUUUUCUAAAUGCUGUUGGGUGUCCAGGAGGUUUCUGGGCAACCUUGUGGAAGUUGGGUAAACUGUAGAAUGUGGCCAAAGUAGUAUCUUUCUUUAACGAAACACAGAAAUCCGGAUGUGUUCUCUGGCUCUGUAUAACCAUACUCUAAGCUCAGCAAAGAACAUUUAAUUGGGUUGCAGGAAAUAACCUUAUAGCCAUCUGUAUCUGAGAUAUGGUCCAUGGACACUUGAAUAUAGUUUGCACAUUUAGGUAAGACUAUAUUGCCCCCCUUUGUCCAAUGGUUUAAUGGGAAGGUUAGGUUCCUGCUAUAAUUCUCUGAGGGCAAGUCUUUGAGUUUACGAGAUUGAGGUAAUGUUCUUAUUAUCUUUGCUGGACAUUUUGACAUUAAGAUCAAUAUUCGAGAAUUCCAAAAGAGCUCUCUCUCCUCUCAUGUUUUUAUUUUAUUUUUUUCAUCUGAACAAUGUGUUGUCCCCACUGCUGGCUAGUGUCACUGUCUCUGUGUGAAGGUACUUUAAUAUGCAAGCCUUUGUGCAAUAUAAGCAAAUUUGCUGUGCCGCUGACAUGCAGAUAAUCUUUGUUUCUAUAGCACAUUAUAGAAACAAUGUUUCUCAGUGGUUCCUUCCCCUAGUUACAGCCGCUACAACGAUGUACAGUAACCGUAUCUAACUCAGAUGUGGAGAUGCCCCAUUUGUUUUGGUGCCUAUUACCCAUGUGAUUGCUCCACCAAUCAGUGACUUUAGCAUAAAGUUUAAAUGGCCUCACUUCUAGUUAGUCCCUCUGUACUCCUGAUAAGCUGUGUGUCCUGACAGAGCAAAACUGGUCUUGGAUACUCGCACUUACUUACUUUGCUACUAUGUUUAUUCCUAUGAGUGAACAAUCAACUAUCAAAUAACCAGUGUGAGUUUAGCUAUAGAAUGGGUUUAGGGUGUUAUAUGGAAUGGCUGUAUUGUACCAACUCUUCCCACUUUGUAACCCACUUUGACUGUUACCUUGAGCUAUUGGUAGACCUUCAAAUUCCAGCCUUCAUUAAAAAUGACCACUAUUGCAAAGUAUAGUGAGUUGGACUCUCCAGGGAUCCGAGGCUUCCGCCUGGUGGAUUUCCAAUUAGCAGCUUCUUUACAAACUUGGAUGUGAUUGAUAUUUGUUUGGGAGCAGGUGUAUGAUAUUAGUAGUUUUGCCUUUUCUUUGUUGUCUACUUAUUAGUAAUAGCAUUAUUCAACACCGAUAAGAUUUGUUUGUUUACAUUUUAGUUAUUAUAGAACAGGUACCAAGAUUUACUUAACAAUAACCUUUUUAAAAGUUAAGUUUUACUCCUUACUAUCCACUCCUUCUUGGCUCCAUGGAAAAUGAUGGUAAAUUAUGGAAUUUAUAGCAAAUUGUAGACCUAAAGUUAAUGUGUUGAGGAAAACACUGAGAAAACAGUAGAAAACCUCCAUAUACAACGCUUCAUAAUGUGGGAUGGUUUGCACUGUGAGGUCUAGCUAAUCUGGCUUUAAGGGUUCCAUUGAUCUCUCUGUGAUGUGUGAUGUGCUAUUGGCAAGUGCUUCUCGCUCAUAUAACGAUAUUAAACAUGCAAAAUCAAAGCCUGCUUGUGGGGGCAAAGUUACUUAACCCCUUAAGGACCCAUGACAUGUGUGACAUGUCAUGAUUCCCUUUUAUUCCAGAAGUUUGGUCCUUAAGGGGUUAAACCUGCUAGUAUAAAAAGCAGCAAUACCACGAAUAUCUGCUGUCUUCCAAUAUGUGAUAGCUCAGCUGAUUCCCUGUCUGAAAAAAGUGCAAAACAAAUAAAAAAACCCAGAAACUUUCUUUUUUUUUUCCGUUAAUCAUUUGCAAUUGGUGUUUUUAAAACACUAAAUCAGGCUGCCGCGCUUUCAAGCUCCCCUCGAUGCUCCGACGACCUGACGCCAGCGGUCAGGCUGCCUUCCCCCUCCUCAGUGAUGCAAAGGGCAACCCUAGCAGAGCACACAGAAACACCCACUGACAGACAAACGAAAGAUGGCGUCCCAGGGGAGACUGUGGACAGCAAAUUACCAAAACAGUAUUUAGACCACGGAAAGGUAAAUUUGGAGACCCAAGGUCAGACAAGAUGUGAUCCUUUUUCUUUCUUGGGGUGGGAGGGUCCCCGUGGUAUUGCUGCUUUGAGGUGACUGUGCGGUGUGUAUGGGCCACAAAUUAGCUAUGCUUUGCUUUUAAAAACCGAGUGUUUCAUUUGAGUGUUUAAGACAGCAGAGUUUCCUUCUUUUAUGUAUCACAUCUCAUAGAAGUCAUCUAACAUAGAUUCACAAAAAACUGUCUAACAUUUUCUAGUAUAGAAUUGCUUGGAUUCACAGAUCCCACUGUCCAUACCAAAUCUCAGACUUCUAGAUUUAAACACUGAUAAUGAAAAGUUUGCCAUCUCAUUUUUGUUCAUUUCAGUCCACUCCAAAAUCCACGAAGAACAGCGCUAAAAAGGAAGGUGGGAAGCGGAAGAUUAACAUGAGUGGCUACAUCCUGUUCAGCAGUGAAAUGAGGGCUGUAAUUAAAGCCCAACAUCCUGAUUAUUCCUUUGGAGAACUUAGUCGUUUAGUAGGAACUGAAUGGCGGAAUCUGGAAGCAACAAAGAAGGCAGAUUAUGAAGGUAAAAUCAAUCAGUCGUUGCCAAGAAUGUUACUUAGUAUACAAUCUGUCCCAUAUCUCAUUUUAGUUUUUUAUGACUGGUAGAGUAUAUUCUUCUUUCUUUGCGGCACAUCUGCGAGACUUUAAGAUCCUCGUAAUUUCUCUAUGGUUUGCUAGGUGUCAUAUCUUAUUCAACCUUAUAUACAUUAAAGGGAAAGUAUAGUGCCAGGAAAACAAACUAGUUUUCCUGGCACUGUAGCUCCUUUUUCUGUCAAGGCUCAUCUCCUUCGUGCAGAAGGAGUUAAUAACUUAAGGGGUUUAUUUGGGAGUAGCCGUUUGUCCCUCAGCGCUGGUUCAGCUCAGCUAACACUCCUCCACUGCUGACGUCAGCUGGCAGAUGAGACCGCAUGCGCAGCAAUGGCCACGCUCACAUUAGGAUCUCCCCAUAGGAAAGCUUUAUUGAAUGCUUUCCUAUUGGGAUUCCGACGACGCUGGAAGUCCUCAUGCAUAGCAUGAAGACGUCCAGCAUCAUUUAGACUACCAAAAGUCGUCUAAGAACCCGUAAGUCUGGUAGACAGCCACUAGAGGACUUAACCCUAGCAGGUAAUUAUUUAUAAACUGCAAUAAUUACAUUCUCAGGGUUAAGGGUGAUGGGAGUUGGCACCCAAACCACUUCAGUGGGCUGAAGUGGUCUGGGUGCCUACAGUGUCUCUUUAAGCCUGUCUGAAAUUUUUCACUUGAUCUGUUUUGCUGAAACACUGUGUAUAAACACAUAACGUGAAUCUUACAGGUUCAAUAUAUAUCUUUGUGUAUGAGCUGAUGGAUGUCUCUCUUUUGUGGAGGGAAAAUUAUAGAUUAUAAACAUAAUUGGAUAUUUGAGAGCCCUCAAAGAAAUUUAUAUAUUUCAGUCUCUAAAGUGAUAGUGUUCCAGUUCUUAAUUAGGAAUACAUAAUUAAUUGUUCUCUUGAUUUUGUACAGUUUGACAGUAUUCUUGCUUUUCUAUAUCUGUACAAACCAUAAUUAUAGUUUCUGUUAAAAGUUAAAGGGACACUAUUGCAUCAGGAACACAAACAUGUAUUUCUGACCCCGUAGUGUUAAAACCACCAUUUAGGUGGCAUCCUCCCCCCUUAACCCUCUUAAAAGGUAGGAAAACGUAUCAAAUUUUGACCCCACCCCCAAUCCGCCUCCUUGCUGACAUUAACUGAAUUAAAUGAUUUCGGCCAAUCCAAUGCUUUACCAUAGGGAAAGCAUUGGAUUGGCUGAAAUCGGCAAACAGCGGCUUAGUCAAACAGCACCUCUUUAUAGAGGAGAACUUUGUGCACUUUACGGUUACAAUUACAGCUAAUACAAAUUUAAUGCUUGGAGAAGCACUGAAAUUGCAAUUAAGGCAAUGAGGGGGCAUGUAGUAGCUUCUGAAAAUGUACUUCCUGUGCGCAUCCAAUGCCAGUGUGUUCAGUUCUCUAUUCUAUUUUGUAGUGCAGCUAUAUAUAUAUUUUGUAGUGCAAUUAUAUAUUGCAUUUUCAUAACCGUGAAUAAUCAUUGGUUUUUCCUUGGAAUAUCUUCUAUUAGGUUUACAUGAAUAAAGAAGAGGGAGAGAAUUAGGAAUUUGGGCUCUUUAGCAAGCUUUUACACUCUAUGAAAGUGUUGAUACCAAGAUAAAUUGACAGUUGCAUAAAGAUGCUAAGUUGCACCAUCCCAGCUGUCCAUCAGACAGGAGGAUACUCUUGCUAAUUGUUUUGUGUCCAGUGUUUCUCAUAGAGGUGCAAAGUGGUGUUAGCUGCACGUGAUCCCUUGCCUCCUAGUGCUACUCUAUGAGAAGCAUUCUGUUGGCCUGCAGAUCAUCAAUAUUGAUGAUCUCCUGGUUGGUGGGGUUGAGCAGAUCUGCAGUGAGGAUAUUGGACUAAAGAUAAGUAACUUUUUAUAUAGAGGUGCAGGAGACUGAAAAUACUUUAAAACACUUCAUAAAUGUAAAGAUUUUUAUUUGCAGAACUGUUAGAAGUGUUCCUUCUAAAAAAGUUGUGCAACUAAAACAGACUGUUAUGGGAUUUUCUCCGGCAACUUUGACCUGCAUUAUGAAUUGAUAUGUCCAUGUUUCAAGUCAGUUCACUUCUGAGACAUCAGAUUGGCACUUUGCCAUAAAAGCUGUGAACACAAGCACAGUUGUACUAAGACUGUGUAGUUUCCUUUAUUUUUAGAGCACUGUGUAGGUGAGAAUGAAACUCUCAAUUUAGGAAAGGCAGUAGUGGCUUUGAUACUACUCUACUGGAUAAAACAGGCUCCCACUUGACGCCAGAAUUUGUAGAUAAAAUCUAAUAGAUUACCAGGAGUACUUCUGGUGUGUGGAAUACGUCUUUAAGAAAUAUCAAAGUAAAAAACAGCAGUCUGGGUAUAACAAAUCUGUUUCAAUCUAUUAGUCCCAAUGUUAUUGGAAUAUUGCCACAAUAAAUGGUUAAGUAGCCAUUGUGCGCAAUUCCUGUUGAUAAAAUUAGCUGUUGUGAUGAACAUGGCCUCCUUUUGCAGAGCGUGCAGCUAAAGUUGCAGAACAGCAGGAGAGAGAAAGGGCAGCGCAGCAACAACAGCAGCAGCAACAACAGAACUCCUCUCCUCGUGCUGGUACACCGGUAGGAGCUCUGAUGGGAGUGGUCCCACCUCCUACACCAAUGGGAAUGCUCAAUCAGCAGAUGACACCUGUUUCAGGUAACCCAGGGGCUGCAGAUCUUUCUGAAAUGGUCAAAACUUGAUCAGAAACUCACAAUUUUUAUGCGCUUGUGGAAAUGUUUACCAUGCACUCAUUUAAAUCUUAUUUGGUCAUGGUUAUAAUUAAUUUGUGAUGGUUGGGAGGCCAAUUAAUCCGAAAAGAGUUUAUAUUAAUCAAUAGAGCAAUAUAUUCUAUUCUAUAUUUCAUUCUAUAUUUCAUUUCUCCCCUUUUCAUUUUCCUUCUGUUUUCCUAAUUAGCCGUACUGCCCUGUCAUGUAUAUCAUGUGUCAGUAACUUAAGAUAGAUCUUAGUUGGGCUUUUUUUAUUAUUAUUAUUAUAUUAAUGUAUUUAUUUUUUUCCUCUCUUUGUGAUACUCAGGCUAGAUUUAUAUUAUAUGUUCUAUUGUUCUCCUGGGUAUAUUUUUAAUAUGUGGCCGAAUGCUUCCUCAGCAGACUUUCAUAAUUUUGAUUCUUGUGCAUUCAGUUAUCUAUUUCACGACCCAUACAUAUUCCCCAUUUAAAAGGGGGCUUUCACUUUCCCAAAUGAGAUUUCUCUCGCUUUUAAGUUUGUCCUGGGACCUAAAAAUGAAAUUUAAAGUGGGACUGUCGCUUUUGCUCUUUUUUCUUAAAGGGGGCCCUAUAGUCACCAUAACAAUAAGCAUGUCAAACGCAAAGCCUGGCACGGGCCACAUAAACAAAAAAAUACCUUAAAUUUUCUUAGAAACUUAAGUUUAUUUUAAAAAGUACAGUAUAACAAAAAUUCUGAUGUUCGCCAAGAAGGCGGAUGGGGGGGUGGACAAAGCGCCGGCAGAAAUCAGAUGAGUUGUACUACCUUGAAGGGAGACCAGGGGGGGUAUACAAUGAUUUUACACUAUAGGGUCAGGAAUACAUGUUCCUGACCCUACAAUGUUCCUUUAAAGCUAUAAUAAUUGUGAAAAUGUAUUUUUGACUGACUCAUUUAAUCAAGAGAUAUUGGUAACAGUUCUGAUCAUUUCUCAUUGCUGAUUUUUGGAUAUUGGUUUCUGUCAUUUAUUUGUUUCAAUGGUGUAAGAGACUGGCUUUCUAUUUACUGCAAAUGUAGUUAGCAGUUUAAAUAGAACUGUUCUAAUUUCUUUACUGUUCCAGUAAAAUCGCACAUUAUUUUUGGAAAGUAUCCUAAACUUUCUGAUGGUUAAGCUCAUUGGCUAUUGAAUUAUUAACGUUCUUUAAAGGUCUAUUAAAGCAGCAUGUUGCAUCAGGGCAUUGAAGGAUUAACAGGGAUAAAUUAAGUUUAAUCACAUAAUGGUAAAGAAAGAUAAUGUAUAAUUUCCCUCUGAAGAUAAAGUUUGGCUCCCUUUUUAUUUUUUAAAUGGCAGGAUUUUGUCCUACUCUGGUAAGAAUUAUGAUUUCAACAACACUGUAGGCACUAUUACCUUUUCAACUCAAUACAUUGUUAUAGUGCUUGGGAUCCCUAGGCACUGUCCCUGCAUUCAGUUUUAAACAAUUGUCUAACUUUUCAAACACUAAACAAUGGUCACUGACUACUCACAACCUGGCCCCUAGAUAUUACACACCUUCGUUUAGCCUUACCAAUUCAUACCAGCAAUGAUUGCUGUGAUAGACUGAAAGAAGUUAACUGUGACACUCAGUUAACCAUUGCUGCGAACACUAAUGCAUCCUCAUUACCCCAAGCUUGGGUCUCUCAUUUAACAUUUGAAUAUUAAAAAAAACUGUUUAACACUGAAUGGUAGGAUGGCGCCAAAGAACUUCAGAUACUCUAAUCACUUCUAUGAGAUGAAGUAGUUACAGUGUCCAUUUAACUAUUUAAGAACAUGACCACAUCCAUCACCUGACCUGCAGCAAGUCUCUCUUACCAAGGCAGAUGCCCAGAGAUUUCAUGUGUACCCGUGCAUUAACCCUUUGUUGCCAUGGAGAUUUACUUAUUGUAGAUGAAGAAAUUAUCACAUAUUCUAGAACUGAAAAUUAGCCUUAUUCUGCUACUAAUUCUUCUUUUCAUCUAUGUAACCUUGUUAGAUUGCAUUUUCAUUAAUGCCACCAAACUAACUUUUUUUUUCCUUCCCUACCAGACUAAAACAAUCCUUGUUUAGCGCAUGUGUUUAUUAUUAAUCCAUUCAUAUUGCAUGUUACUUAUGCAUGUCUGACAUUUGUGUUCUUCAAGGCAUGAUAGGGGGGUACCCGCCUGGCCUGCCUCCCAUGCAAGGCUCUGUUGAUGGCAUUAUUAGUAUGGGCAGCAUGCAGCCUCUUCACCAUGGGGUGAUUCCACCACCCCAUCUACUUCCACCAUGUAUGCCUGGCAUCUCGAACAUCCCACCACAGGGUAAGAAUGUUCUAACCAUCCCAUCAUUUUCACCUUUAAUAGCUAAAACCACAUCUAUAACCCAAGCUUGAACAUGUCUUCUUAAAGGACUGAUCCAUCGGGGAACUUUCUUUUUAAGCUAUGUGACCAUAUGAUUUUAUUGUGUGACGGUGGGUAUGUGACUGUGUAGACAACAUAUACAAUUAAUCUAUAGUUUAGACUGUAGUGUAGAAGUUGGUGUAUAGUUUGAAAUGAAAAAAAACAUUCAAUACUCUUGUAUAGCAACACAAAAGGAAUAAGCUAGAAGAUCUUAUACAAUAUUGAACAGUGGAACAGAAAAUUUAUUUUAAAGGCUGGUUAUCCAGGAGCCAUGAUUGGCUGUGUAACUUGGACCCAUCUCUAUCCUUUCACUGCAAAGAGGAUAAUUUGCUCUUCGGAUAUGGUACUCUGGAUGUGUUUUUACACACCGCACUCUGCAUAGUUGUGUGUUUUUUGUUUUUUUUAAUUCUCAAUAUUAAAAAUAAGAAAUUCUCUCGUGAAGUGUGCCUUGCUCAAAAAAUGAUUGGAAUAACACUAAUGUAGAGUAUCAUGGUGCUAUCCCCCUGUUUAGUGUCAAACCAUUAAGGAGUAGUUUGAGACUUCUAAAUUAUCAGCAUCCCUUUUUUCAAGCAUUGACACUGAUUGGCUGAAAAUGCUGGAAGUGAGUUAUAAUCUGCUUUAUCAAUGCAACUUUAGCUUAAUGAAGCCGUUUCGUUGUAUAGAUCAUGCCCCUGCAGUCCCACUGCCCAAUUCUCUUCCAUUUAGGAGUUUAAUGACUUUUGUUUCUGUUUAUCCCCUAGUCACACUUCCACUGUGCUUUCUGCACCAGACAAAGGCAAGCAUGUUGGCUAUAUCAUACAUCUAUUGAAAAAAGUUCAAGAAAACACAUAUUCCAUUCCUUUUCUGUCAACAUAAAUGUUAAUGAGUAGAUUUAUCUAAAAAAAAAAGUGAAUGCAUCAUAUGAAGUCCCAUUGGAAUCAGAAAGUGACAUAGUAGAAAGACAUUAACCUUAUUCCCAUGUUUAAUCACCCCACAUUCUAAAAUUAUAUUUUACAUGUAAAUGGAAUGAAUAAUGAAGGAACAUGUACCUUGCUUAGAAGAUGUUUAUUCUUACAUGAAUAUCAUAUAUGAAGGUUUUGCUUUGUGCUUUAUAUUCAGGGUGUUGGUGUACAAGUAGGAUUAAACGUUUUAAAGCAGUACUUUGACCCAGGUGUCGUGUUAAAUUUUUGGAAUAUGAUGGAAAAUAACAAGGUCGAUCUACUUACUGGAAGCUCUUCUGACUUCAUUGCCACCAUUGUCCUCUUUUCGGUUCUUGUGAGCUGAAGCUGUAACGAUACACGUGAUCUUUUGUACUCUCGUGCAUGCACAAAAGUACAAACAGAGGUCUAUAGUCUGAAAGCCCCUUCAUAGCUAUAUUUACAAAUGUAAAAUUAUAUGUUUAAGACAUGCAAGAAUAUGCAUUUUUCCUUCAGCAGCCAUGAGUGAUGCUUGAUGGGAAAUUGAAUUAUAAAGUUAAAGCUUUUUAAAACUCCACUAUAUAUAUAUAUAUAUAUAUGCUAUGUUUUGCCGUGAAACACUGCCUUUGCACAAAGUAGUCUCUAUAUUGUCACUGAAACUCCCAUUCAGUAAUUGUCAGAGAUUUUAUGAAAAACUAAGAAUUUACAUGGCUGCUUCAAAUCUACGCCAAAUUUGUUGUCGACGCCUCACCUUUAGUUAAGUUCAUCGUUCCUAUGUUCUCUGCUAAUCCAAUGCUUCUCCAUAGAGAAUCACUGGUGGCCUACUGCAUAUAUGCAGCAAUCGCUGUGCCAAUCAGCAUCUUCUCAUAGAGAUGCAUUAUAACCAUGAUCUCUAUGCAAAGCAUUCAGCACCAUGCAGAACAUAAAGAUGAGGGAUGUCAGCACUGCGUAGAUUGCAAGCCCGUAAUAAGAAGCACCUCUAGUAGUUUGAGGCAUUUAUUAUAAAAGUCCUUGGGACAUAAGUAAACUUUUGACUUUUUACAUAAGACAUGGUUUACAAAAGUGUGUAAACAUUCUGUCACUGCAGCCUAACCAUUGCAUUAAAGGGACACUAUAGUCACCAGUGCAACUACAUGUAUUCCUGACCCUAUAGUGUUAACACGACCAUCUAGCCCCCCUGAGCCCCUCAUGCCUCCAUAAAUAUAGUAAAAAUCUUACUGUAUUCAAGUCAGAAGCUGUAAUUCUGCAUGCUGUUAGACUCAAGGAAAACAAGCAGUCUGCUGACAUGUGAUAGCCUGAUCCAAUCACAGUGCUUCCCCAUAGGAUUGGCUGAGAUUGACAAGGAGGCACAUCAGGGGCAGAGCCAGCAUGAUUCUUAUACAGCCCUGGCCAAUCAGCAUCUCCUCAUAGAGAUGAAUUGAAUCAAUGAAUCUCUGAGGAAAGUUCAGUGUCUGCAUGCAGAGGGAGGAGAUACUGAAUCACAGGAUGCUCGUGCACAGCAGAUCUGAGUGGAUGGAGGCAUAUUAUGCCUCCAUCAACUCCGAAGUCCCUCUGGUUCACUCUGAGUGACUGCAACUGGAGGUGUUCCUAGCUUUCAGUGUAAACACUGUAUUUUCUCAGAAAAUACAAUGUUUACAUGAGAGAGGCUGCAGGCUAUAGUUCUCACCUGCACAACCUCAUUAAGCUGAAGUUGUUCAGGUGACUAUAGUGUCCCUUUAAGCACCAAAACCACUAACCACAAUAGUUUAGUGUCCCCUUUAAAAUGAGCCGGUGUCCAUUAGUAUUACAUGAUCGAAAAGUUAAAUUCACAUGUUUCAGGAUGUCCACAGAUUUUGUUAAAGCUAAACAUAUUCCUUGGGCUUCUGUUACAAUCAAAAAAAGUCUGGCAUAAAGUUCUGUAGAAGCACAAAUCAGGGUUUGGUUAUAGCAAUGUAUCAGACUUUGGACAUUACUUUAGAACAUUAAAAAUCAUGAUUGUAAAAUUGAAAGAAUUGCAUAAUUGCAAUCAGGUAAGUAGGACAUUAGUCAGAAAAAUAAUAAAGGGGCAAUGUCUCUUUGAAGUGGGAGAAUUUAGCCAUAAAAUUGGUUUUCAUUAACAAAUUAUUUAAAAAAAAAAAAAAAUCUAUUCCAAUAAAUAAAGUGUAAAGAUUCUCUGGUCUGAUGCAACCAAACUUUACUUUUGGGCUUUAGCACAAAAUGGUAAGAGUGAGGCCAACUCAAUCCUGCAAACUGCCCUUUUACUCUGCCUGAGAUUGAACGGGUGUUUCACUGCUGAGUAGCAGCUGCACAUGUCAAUUAGACGGAGCAUUACAGAGAGCAUAAUGUUGGAUGAUAUGACACACAUCACUGUGUCAUAUGGAUUUUGAAAAUAGGAUUUACAGGUUUAAAUAACCAUUCUAAUAAAAGGAUAUUCUCAUUUCUGCCGUGAUGUCCUAUAAAUACAAAAUUUAUUUGCAGCAUAAAGCCUUAUAUUUUACAUGAUUUCAUGUUCUAUAAUUUUUGUCUCCCCUGUUUAUUUGUACUUGCUUAAACAUUUGACAAAUGUUACAUGCCUAUACAUUCUCUGCUUAUUCUUAUUCUAAAAGUUUGCGUGUAAGUGCCAUUUUUUUACCUUUGCAACUCUAUCACACUGUUUAAUUGUGUGUUUGAUCAAAUGGUAAAGUAAGAUUUAUUUUAUUUAUAUUUUUUUAGGUGUAAUAGCACAAGGUGUACCGUCAAUGGUUGGCUCAUCUGCAACUGGGAGCAACCCUUAUAAUCAACAGGUAAGGGCGGGCUGUCAUUCACAGAGAUUGGUAUAUAUACUGCAAUAGAAAAUGUUACGUAAAAAUGAUUGGAAUCAUAUAAUUAUAGGGAAAAUCAGAUACAGUCCAUAGAACAAGCGUUGGGCCAGUGAUACAGGUGUGUGUGUGUGUGUGUGUAUAAAGAAAAAGUAUGUAACAUUCAAAAAAAGGUUGUGGUAUCUAAAUACAUGGUAAUGUAACUUUAUUGGCACCAAACAAAAAGCAACACGGGGGAGCCAUAAAAACAUGUUGUAAUGGGUUUAAUGCCCAUAGGUCCUUAAUUAUAGUAAUUCAUUGUUUGGUGCAAAAUAAACUGCCAAUUAGUAACGAAAGGAUCAUGGUUUACUUUGGUUGCCUCUUCCAAAAUUACAAAAUUAAAAACUAGAUCAGUUGUUGCCCCCAAAAAAUAAAUUUGUACUAUGUUGGGGGAGAUGAGGAGCUCAUCUGUAAGCACCUUCAGGAUGUGAUGAAAAAUCAUGAAAAGUCUGAAUUAAAUAGACCUUUUCAGUCUUGUAAUGAGGUGAUACAUAUUGGCUGUCGUUUCAGGGGGAUUGAGAAAUGGGGAUGUAAAAUUAAAAAAAAAAAAAAGCCUUUUUGAUGAGACUUAUUAUUUUUGCACCGAAUUGAUAUUAGGCAGUCCAGAAGAGAGUACUAGACUGCCUAAGUCACGUGUGCCAGGGGGGGUGUAACUAGCCACCGGCACACAAGUGCAAAUAUCUGAUUGUGCUUUGUUUCAAGCCUAGGUGCUGCACAUACAGACUCCUACCACCGUUGCCUAAAAGCAGAAGUGGUUAUGGUGGUUGGACUAACCCUUCAACAGUUUCCUUUUAAUGGGACCCAAUGGUUUCCUUGCCUUCACGGUCUCUCUAUCAUCAUUUAUUAGCCAAACUCACUCUGCAGCAAUGUAUUUUGUAGCUUUUAGGGUGUCCGGUAGUGGUUACGAGGGAAAUAAAUGUUUUUAUAAACUUGCUGGGUUAGAAUUUCUAAGUUUAAUGAAAAAAAAGUAAUCCAUGAACUUUUAGUUGUAUGGUAAAAUGUAUACUACUAACAUUUUAAUUAGGUAAUUAAAAUGAACUGCAUUACGCAAAUGGUUCUAAAAUAAAAGCAAAUGAAAGAGGAAUAAUCUUUAAUGCAUGCCAUUAUUGGAGGAAAAAGGGAUCAGAUAGAAAGCAGAAGGGAGGUAGCUGUUGUGGUAAAUGUUUGGAUACAAUAUGUGUCGACUCAAUGUAGUUGUUCUGGUGUCUACAGCCUGUCCGUGUAGGCUGUUUAAUGUAAACACUGCCUUUUACAUUGCUGCCUAGUAACCGCUCUAGUGGCAAUCACUCAGACAGACACCAGAGGUGCUUCCUGGGUCAGUGCUGCACAUGAUGUUCAGCAUCUUCACACUCCCCAUAGAGGUGCAUUGAUUCAGUGCUUGACUAUGAGGAGAUGCUAAUAGGCACUGAUGUGCAAUAGACUCUAAACAUUGUAUUGGCCGAGAUUGUCAAAUUUGAUGAUUGUAGCUGGGCCAACCACACAGAGACCUGCGCUGUGCUGGAAAAAUGGUAAGUAAAAUACCUUAUUCAAGAGAGACACAUUUCUUCACAUUAUAGUGUCCCUUUAAUACCAUGCUCUGGAACUUUUUGUCCUUUUGUGAUGUCUUUAAAAAGGAAAUAAUUUUUAUUGAUCAAAAAGAACAAAAUAAUUAGGGAGAUCAAAUCAUAUUAGAAACUUAUUUUUUAUUUUGCAAAAAUGCCACAUCAAUGUCUCUGAACGAAAUUAUGCAUUUAUCAAUUAGUUUAAAAAAUAUAUAUAUAUUUUAAGUGCAUCAGUUUAUAUUGGUUGAUUUUUAAAAUGCAUGAUACUCUGUGACAUCUUUGUUUGCUUUAUAGAUGGGAAUUCUUGUUCCACAAAGUCAGCAGGCCCCACCCCCUUAUCCAGGUCAAGUUCCAAUAAAUCAACCAGUCAUGCAGCAGCCUUCCACCCCAGUAUUUGUGGCUCCUCCUCCACGUACUCAAAGAUUGCUACAUUCUGAAGCCUACCUGAAAUACAUUGAGGGGCUGACGGCAGACUCGAAUUGCAUUAGUAAAUGGGAUCAAACACUGGCAGGUGAGAAUGCAUACAAACGUAGGUCAUUUUCCUUGGAGAAAACCAACCGUAGGUUUUGAAUGAGUGAGGAGUGAUAUACUAUUGUUCAGCAGGUCAUCCAUUAACAUCCUGGAAAUCAAGGUUCUCGGACCAUAGACAUUUCCAAAUUCUCAGUAUGGUAAAGGAGCACUUAAGCACCAUAAAGCUUGGAGUGUGUCGGUGCCAAUGAAUGAUCUGAACACUUCCAGAAAAUGUAUAUAGCUAAAGCAGAAACCGAAUGUACACUGCGUGCAUUGUAACCCCUUACCAUAACCACUAAAGAGAGCUGUAGUGAAUAUGGUACAUCAUGCCCCUUUAGAUGUAUUUAGCACGGAAGGAAUCACAUUACUUGUAUAUUAUAUAUUAUGAAAACAUACAUCUCUGUUAAGUGGGAUAUCAUAGGAAACGGUAUUGUAAACGUGUUUUGAAGGCUUCUCGUGUGAUUGCUGGUGUGGUAUGUGUAGAUAGAUUUCUUUAUUUUGUGUUAAUGGUGUAGUAUAUGUGUCUAUGGACAGUUGAGAGAGAGUGAGUGUGUGUUUAUAAAGGAGAUGCAGUGCAUAUGGGGGAAUGCAGUGUAUUUAUGGAAUAUAGUGUGUUUUUGCUGGGGAUGUAGUGUGGGGGGAAUAAAGAGAGAUACAAACCCACAGUCAAAUAUAAGAUGCAUUCUAUCUAUAUGAUAAAACCACAAGCAUACAAUAAGUAAAUAAAUUAGCCGUGUGCAGUAAAGAAAAGAGCCAUGUGUAAAAUAAUUAUCAUGGUAAAGCAUGCACAAUAAUCAAAAUUACAUUCCAUACAUACGAGAACUAAAUGUACUUACCUAACUCUACAUGGAUGAACUACUACAUAGCAUGUCACAAGCAAUGUUUCUAAAAAAAAAUGUUUUUAAAUAAAUCAAGGCAACAGUUAUGUUUAGUAUUUAUGAUGCUGCAAUAUUCUUAUGCAUAUGUAAUAAUCACUAAAUGAUCAUAUAUUAGAAGCGCAUAUAAACCUCAUGGAUAAGAAUCGGUGAAAUAACAAACUGUAUUAGGGUCCACUUAGUAAUAGUAGUGUACAAUAAAAUUCUAUAUGACCAAAUGCACAAAUAUGUAGCUAACAUAAGAAAAAAAUAAAACCCCAAAGUACAUCCGAAAGAAAUGUGUGCUGUAUGCCUAAGUAAAAAUAUGUGUGAAACCAAUUGGGCCCGUGACCGAGCACAAAAUCAGAGUGCAACAGAAUACUGAGAAUGGACAACAGCUCAAGUAGCCUGCCCUUCGAUGGUUGGCUGCUCAGAUCUCAAGCUGGUUUUAGUUUAUCUUGUGCCAUUACAUGUCAGACUGACGUUACGCAAAAGAGCAGUUCAGAUCCGAAACACAGGCUGUCUGUCUCUCUCUGCACAAGAGAUACAGCAACCCCAGAGGGUCAUUACAGCCUUGUUGGGCCUUGUCAGUGAGGUAUAGCUGAUACCCCUCUAGGUACCGUGAACAAGGGGUUCAUGUCUGGAUUAACUUUUAAACUUAGAGAGAGCAAAAAAAACCGUGCAAAACAGCUCAGGUAGCUUGCCUUUCAGUGGGUUUGCGCUCACAUCUCAGGGGGGGCAUUUUGCUAAUCCCUGGUGAUCCAGUGUGGAGAGCUUAUAGUCUCACCAUCUGCUUGGUGCAGACCUUGUGUAAUGGCGCUCACGAGGUCUCUGUACUGCCUUGAGAUCGUGGAGACAUACACCAGAUCCGCACCCCGCAGAGAGUGAAACCAGAGGCUGCACCUUCCCGUCCAGCAAUGGGCACUCCGUUCUACCCUAAUUGAUGCCUUUGAUUAGAUAAAAAUGUAAUUGGGAUGUUUAUUUUUUCUUCCAGCUAAACGUCGAGAUAUCCAUUUGUCCAAAGAGCAGGAGAGUCGGCUUCCUUCCCACUGGUUAAAGAGCAAAGGUGCACAUACAACUAUGGCCAAUGCCUUAUGGCGCCUCCGAGACCUAAUGCUUCGUGACACACUAAAUAUACGCCAGGCAUACAACCUUGAAAAUAUGUAAUUUAUUUGAAACCAGGAUAAAAAGGAGUAUUGUGGAACAAUAGUUGUUUUUAGCAGCUGGGAAGCCCAGGUCAUUUUUUUUUUAUUUAUUUUUUUGAAUUUCUGUACAUUGUAUACCAUUUUGAUAUAAGGACAUUUUUUAAUAUGCUUAUUUUGACUGUCUUGUCAUUGUUAUAUAUUAAACCACCAUCAUCCUUCGAUACAGAAUUUUUUUUACAUCUUGUUUUCUGUUUGUGUUUGACAAGUAAUUGGAGAAUUUCAUGCCCUGUACUCUUGUUUUAUUGCUAUAAUAAAUACACACAGAGGAACGAGAUGGACUUAGCUGUACCUUGCACUGCCGUCAUUUUAAAUUAAACAUUUGUUACUUUACAAUGACUUAGACUCUUUUUUUGUAAUGUAAUUGUCCUUCGUAUUUACAUAUAGUUCAUGCAGAAGGAUAAAAAAUUGUUUUAUAACACGUCUCAUAUCCCAGUCCCAAGUGGCUGCAAGCACCAAGAAUGUUCCUUUAUCCACUGGUCACCACAAGAUUUGUUUGUUUUUUUACUAAACAGGUAAUUGU